GAGUAAGAGCCCUUAUUACUGCCCUUGUCAGGGGUUUUAUCGACGGUAGCAGACACGCUUCAACUUCACAUCGGGAUACUCCAUACAGAGACGCUUCUGUUUUACAAAAACCUCCCUGUAAAUCCUUUUGGAGACGGGAUAAGCGCUUACAGAGCAGCCAAUUGGCUUUUAAUCGAUGGAGCUAUUUAUGAGAGCACGCGAGCCGUUUAAGGUGAGGGCUCGGUAAAGAUAGCAGUUUGUGUGGGUUGCAGUCAGCUUCGGUGUAGUGAAAGUGACUGCACAGAUUAAACCAGACCUACAGAGCUCUAACUACACCGAGUGGACCGGCGGAUAGAGCUCAAAACAUCUUUACUGCGUCUUAGACCGAGGAGACAUCCGGAUAAAGGUGACCGUACAGGUGAGCGUUUCGACCUUUGGUUGUUUGUCUGUGUGAAAACGUGGUUUUUGGUGUAGUUUGAUGGUCAAAAUGAUUGUUGUUCUCUGGCAAAGGCUUUUCCACGAAUAUGGUCCACCUUCGCCAGUUGCCAGGUGGGUGUCAGUUCCCACUGUAAUGUGUUAUUUCACGUACGCUUUAAAUUUAACGACUCCGAGGAUGAUGAAGUCUAGGUACGUUUAUCAAUGACACCAACAUAAACAUCCUACGCUGGUAACGCGCACAUCUAGCGCGAGACGCAUUACCUCGUUUACAAUCUCGUGCUCCAAUCUAUCGUCACGUGUAAUUUUCAUUUGGCUAGUUUAAUUACCCUCGGGUUAUUUAUACCUGUACGUAUAGGCUAUUUACAAGUAAAAUAACAGCCUUACUCCUCUACUGUGUGUUUAAUUCCUAUACAACGUGUAAAUGAAAGUAGGAGAGGAAAUUGAAGAACACGGUUAUCCUAAUAACAACGGCUGGAUAGACGUCAUGCACCUGUUCGUUGCUAUUGCGCAUGCCCACAAGCACAAGCACAAGACGUUUGAGCGCCUUGGGACCAAUAGAGGUGUGUGUGUGUGUGUGUGUGUGUGUGUGUGUGCUGGAGAGGGUUUGACGUGCAGGCUAGGGGAUGAUAAAUAAGGGAGAGCCAUUCUGUUCCCUCUCAGAAAUGAAGAAGAAAUGUUAUUUUUCGCAAGUAUGCAAGGUGUGAAUGCACUAAAUAUUGGAUAGAGAAAGACUCUGUAAUUCUUGUAACUAUACUUAUAAAUGACUACAUAUAUUGAAACUGGAGCAACAUUCAGUACAUUUCUGCAACAAGUAAUUUCCCCCACCUACGUAAACUGGUUUGUCUUUUUAAGUCAUUUGAUGUAUAUCCCUGUAUCCUGAAAAAGUGGGGUGCUGUGUAAAAUGCCAAAAAAAUAAAUUAAAAAAAGUGAUCAGGAUGAGAAGAGAUAAGACAAAAAAACACGUAUUCAAAAAAAUAUAAAGACCAGACAUUUCCAAUCUGUGAAAUUCAAGGUAUUUUCUUUAGAAGUUAUAUGCUUGUAUUAAUGUUGAUACCAGCAACAAGUUUUUAAAAAAAGUUGUAAUCGUGACAACAUCAAAGUUAGUAAAAGAAAACUUUUAGUGGAAUAUCUCACUGUCAGAUAGGUUAAACUGUAGCAGGUAAUUAACAGUUUAGGUGUAAAGGGAGUGUCUAAGAGGCUGACUUGGUUGAAAGUGGAGUUGGGGGGAGAUUCACCAGUCUUAGAGGCUGAGCUGGCAAGAAUAAUGUGUCUCAAUGGAAUAAUUGGUUUCAUCAUCUGAAUGAUGAAAUACUUUUAAAAGAUUCUGAGAAUUUGAAGAAAUCUCAGUGCCUGAGGGACAAGACCAAAAACUAUUUUAAUCCAGCUGUGAUUGUUAGGCCCUCUGAAAUCAAUAUCACACUGCACUCUGUAGUAUAAAUCACUGCAUGAGCUCCAGAACACUUUUGAAAGCAUAAGCAGUCAACACAGUUCAGUUUCAUCCAUAAAUACAGGUGAAAACUGUAUAAUCCGAAGAAGAGGCCACAUAGAAACAUAAUCCAGAAAUAGCUUGCUCAUUUAAGAUGGGCUGAGGCAAAGUGAGGAAUUCCUUAAAGUCAAAUUUUUGAAUUGUUUUUGGUAAGAGAGAUGUUGUGUCCUCGAGGCUAAAGAACAGAAAGACCAUUUGACUUUUUUUUUUCACCACAGCUCAAAUGUCAACACUCCUGGUUGUACAGUGGUGCAUUAGAGCAUAAGGACACCAUUAAUGCUGACUGAUACAGGUUUUUUGGUAACAUAUGCUGCAAGGUAGAUGAUGUCUUCAUCUACACUGUAGCAAGACGAUGCCAAAUCCCAUUCUGAUUUUAACAGCCUGGCCGUAAAAUAAGAGAGUCCAGAUGCUCAACUAGCCUGUUUGCAAUCCUAGCUGGUCACCCGUUGAAACUUUGGUGCAUUGUGAAACAUAAAAUAAGACUAAAGAGACCUCUGUUGAGCAGCUGGAAUCUUGUAUUCAGCAGUGAUGGGUAAACACUCUCCCUCUCAAAAUGACAGCAUAUGAUCUCAUUAGUUCCCAAUUACUUAGAGUGUUUGGGAACUGAGGAGGGAGGAGGUGAAAAAACGGAGAGGUAAACAUGACCCCUGUUUCAACCUUCUUUUGAAACGUGUUGCUGGCAUCAACUCCAAAAUGAGCACUGUAGUGGCAAUAUUAAUCAUCAGGGUGAAGAACCAAAAAUUUCUAUUGCUGCAUAAGGAAGAGUGAGAAGAAUAAAUAUCCAAACAGGUGAAUGAAGGAGUCUAAAGCCUUAUCUUUUAAGCAUAACCCAGCACUUCAUUCAUGCAUAGAUUCCCAGUCUCACUGUGUCUUAAGGAAAGGUCAAAAUGGCCUCCAGAUUUUUUUCCCCAUGCAUUCAGUUUACCUCUGAAAACAUGCUUUAAGUAUUUAUUUCAUUUGAAAAAACAUCCCUUUCACUCAGACCUAUCCGAAACAGUUUAACACAUUUUCAAGAAAACUUAAAUUGGUUCAAAUAAGAACAAAAUUACCAAAAUUUGAGUUAAAAAAAAAUCAAAGAGUUCCUCCUGAAAGACCUCCUGACCCCUGAUAUUCACACAUUGUAUUAUAUUGAUGGACAAAGGCAGGGUCUUGGUUAUUUUAUGUCGCAUACAAAUACUUUUGAUUAUUGCUGUGCAGUCGUGCUUUGAUAAACGGAGUAAUUAACAACUAUAUAAAACAGAAAAUCUACAGUAUCUUGCAGAGGGAGGCUGAGAGGAGUCAGACCCAUCAACACUCAGUUUCCCCAAGAGUGUUCAUCUGCAGCAGCUCACAUCACCUCAGCAUCUUUAUUCAACCUUUGUGGUGUCAUUCAUAAAACUGAUCACUUCAUUUGCUUACAAACCUGCCACCUCAUUCACAAGACUACAGCCUCCAGUCUCAUGAUUAUUCUUCAUAUUAUGGACUAUUUUCAUGCAUUUGUAGUCCAAUUCCAAUGUGACUGUAAAGGAUGGUGGUUGAUUUAGAUGAUCCAGAAUUUUAAUCAGUUUAAUAAUAAUAUUGAAGUUUGAUACUGACAUUCGCUUUUCCUCACUCUGUUUAUCCCUUGACGUCUGAUCUGGCUCAGUCCCACAAUUAGAAUUUUUCGCUCUCAGUAUUUAGCAGACAGCUCAUCCAGAUAUACACAUUCUGUACAUUAUGUUACCCAGCUUUGUUGAGCAUCAGUAGUACCUCACAUAGCUGAGGGUGCAGUAGACUUUUAUGGGACGGCAGUGGAGGAUCUUACCUGUAUUUUUUCCCUUUGCUUUAAUAUUCAUUAAUUGCUUCAGAAAAGGUUCUCAAAUGUAGCUUUGGUCUGAGAGGUUGGAUUACAUGCAGAGGAUUAAAUCUUGUCUGUAUCACUAACUUCAUUAUCAUAAUACUGGAGGAGAAUGUUUGACUUUUGGCCAAUGACAGUGGCUGUUUACACCUUUAAAAGGUAUAAACAGGAUAUGUUCCGCAUAAGAGUUUCUUUUGGCCCACAAACCAGUCUGAGCACUGUUAACAUAUAUUUUUUCACAGCUCACCAGACUGUAAAUAAAACACUGUGAGCUUCAUUUUCACAUAAGCUGUGAAACACCAAGUCAAUCAUGCAAAACUAAGACCUUACCAGUUGUGUGUGCCUCCCUUGUUUUUGCAUGUGUUAUAGCUUUUUAAUCCUUUGCAGAUAUUUUGUGUUUCAUGUAGUUGUGCAUGGAGGCACUAUUAGAUAGAAAUAAUAAUUUUGCACUUCAAAAGUGCCAAGCAUGUUAGGACCGGCCCUAAAGCUCAGGAUUGUUGUGUCAUAUUCCAGCUGUGACCUCCACAGUUUUUCUCAGGAGUAAUUUUUGUGACACAAGCUUUGGUUAUACCCUCAUAGCUCCUCCUGUUGAAAAGUGGGGCUCUUUAAUGAAAUCCCUGCAGGGGGGGAUUAUAUAUGACCCCCGAGGUAGCUCUUGGCACUGACCUGAAUCUUUUAGCCUUUGAGUGUUAUCUAUUUGACAUUUAAUUAUUAAACUUUAAUUACAGACCUCAUCAGCUGAGGGAAAAGAGAGCAACAAGUGGCAUCUAAAGAUAGAAACUGCUGUUUCAUAAUGCUGUUUUCAGAUGGAUUUGUUGUACUUGUAGUAACUUCAUCAUUCAGAAGUCAGCACACAUUAACACCUUUAGUAACAAAAGCAUAAUGAUUUUGAUUCUUGAUUUCACACAUUUUGGGAAUACCUGAGCUGAGUAAUGUAGGCAAAUGAGACCCAAUCUUGGACCCAUUGGCUAAUGAAAAGUAUAGCCCAGUGAAGCCAGAGGGUUGUGACUUGACAAACCUGUCCCGAUUGUGUGCGACACGGUUUACACCAGCUCACAACUUCAGAUCAGUUCAGAUCCAAAUAUUUAAAUCAGACCUGGGACUCUUUGCUCCAUGUUCUCCAUGUUUCUCACGCCAUCCACUGUCCUGCCUCUGACAUAAUGAACAGUUCAUAAAUCUAUAGAAACAUAAGUCUGCAAAAUUGAUGCUGUCAUCUCUUCAUUCCUUAUAUCCCAUACAGUAUCCUCUUUCCAUCUCCUCCUAGAGAGUCUCAUCUUCUCAAGUAAUAGUUUCAGAGAGGCUUCUUAGUCUGACCACAGUUGUGAGAAUCCUGAAAGGGAAACUGCUUUCUUGAAAUUGAUUUGCAAUUCACAGUGGCAUACAUUAAUGAUCAGGUCUUCUUUAUCUCUUCAUGGAAACCAAAACACCAUCCACACUAAAAUCCAGACCCCUUCUCACAGACUCUCUACUAUUCAGAAACUGUAAAGAUUGAAAGAUUUUUAAGUCUGUUGAAUAAGUGAUUGUUUUUGGUUAUUCUCGUAUCCUUUAACAUCAAACUGACCCCGUGCCUUAUCUGUGUCCUUGCUGUAGCAGUGGCACAUUGUGUUAAUAUGCAUGCCGGCAGGAAGACACACCUUUUAUUUUUGUAGCCAGUCAACCAUGCAUACAGCUCUAAAGUGCACUUGAAUUGAUUUUCUCCUUCAAAAGACCUCUGUGCUUUUGUUUUGAUAUUAUUGUUGAUAUGAGCCCCAGAAAGUCAGAAUGAAGGAACUGCUUUAAUAAUGUCUGUAGAGGAAGAGUUUAGCUUUUAGUUUUACAAGCAUAAACAAAGAGGUGCUUUCUAAAAGACUCUCAAGGGUAUACACUCAAAGAAGCUCCACAUGGAGACUUUUAAGCUAACUCCCUUGUAAGAAUAGUGCUAAAUUUGAAUAUAUUGAGCUUCUUUUAAAGAGAUACAUAUUCUAUUCUUAAAGCUACAAUAUGAAACUUGAAUUAUUGUAUUUAGGUGGCAGAUUAUGUUCAUGAAUUCAAUCCAUAUACAUGAUUACAAACCAACAGGGCUAUUUGAAUGUGCAAAACUGAUCCCCCAUAUUUAUAUUUAACUUUUGGAUAUAGCCUUGAAGAAAACCAUCAGCUCCAAUAUUUUUCAAUCAAGUAACACAGUAAUGUUUAAAUGUGUGCAAGAAAAAUCAUGACCCUUCAUUUUGAAGUGAACAGCUCUGUAUUGACGUGUUGCUCAGACCUUUUAGUAGACCCAAUUUUAGCUCCAACUUAUUAUUAUUUUACGCAUUUUCCCUUGUUGCCAUGGCGAAGCGCCGGGGAAAAAGCUGAAGAGCUGCUCAUGGUUGUCUUGGAUACGACAGUUUUCCCUUGUCAAGUAAUGAGAGAAGCUGAACCUGUGGGAGCACAGGGUUAUUUUUAGGCCUGACGCCAGCCUGCAUGUGUGGAUUAAGACUUGUUUGGUCGCUGGUGCGUGUGUAUGUGUGUAUGGGUGUAUGUGUGUGUGUGUGCGCGCGCGUGUUUACAAGCUUUAAUGCAGCCUCACUGUGGGAAUGGCUCAGGGCGUUUUACACUUGGCAUAGAAACACCUGGGUCACUGCUUGAGUCACUGCUUUUGGAUGAAAUGUGCAGGAAGAUAAAAUUUAACCAAAAAAUGCUCACGUGGGUGCAACUUUUAGCCACAGUUUUAAAUUUUAAAAUGUUAAAAUUGUUAAAAGGAAAAAUUGACUCAUCCUCCGUCAUCUUUUGGUCCAUGCUGAUUAGGAAAUAUGCAGGAUGGGGUCAUCAUACACCUCUUGAGAAAUUUCAUUUGAAGGCAAAGACAUGCAAACCUUCAGAAACAAAUAAAGACAAUUUUGUGCAAAUUAAAUCAAAAACUCAAAACACUUGAAGAGGAGAGACCGGCAUAUCCCAGUUUAAGUUUUCAAAAAUGGCCAAAAGUGCUUAUUUUCUUGAGCUAGAGAUAUUUUUAAACCACCAAAGCCUUGACCUCUGACCUUUGACCUCUUUACUGUUUAUGUAAGAUUUCUGAAAUGUAGAGGUUUCAAGUGACAUUGUUAUUUUUCUAUAAAAGCAUCAUUUCAUAGAGAGCAUUAAAAAGGUCAGAAAGUAUGUAAUUGUGAAUGAAAAUCACAUGCACACACACGUGCGCGCUCACACAUACAUCCAGCUGGUCUCUUGUUUAAAUAGAUCAACAGUGGAGAGAUGAUGGCAGGUCUGCAAAUGUGAUAUCAUGACAGCUGUGCUAUUGAGCUGCUCUUUUCCCACAACAUGAAGAUGAAGAGUUUUGUGUGUGUGUGUCUGUGUGUGCAAGUGUGUGUGUGUGUGUGUGUGUGUGUGUGUGUGUGUGUCUGUGUGUUGACAAAUAGAGAGCGUGAAAGAUGAAGCAUCACUCAGCCAGCAGAGACAGUUUACAUACCAAGAUAUAAUUUCAGCAUCAGAGUGGAAGCUGCAGGCUCCUCUACACCUCCACUAAAAAAGAAAACACUCAGUAUUUACUCACUGAAGUACCACUUAAAAACACAAUUUUCAACUUCAGUUUUCCUUUUUAAUCCUUGACAGUAGGGAUUGAUUACUGGUUGCCAGACCCUGACAUGGUUCAGCUAGAAAAUGCCACCAAUUAACAGGGAAUGUCACAAUUAGUGACGCCAGCACUAUCAUUAGAUCUCAGCCAAUUAUUCCCCAUCAGAGAAAAAAAAGAGAGAAGGCAAAAGGCAGCGUGAACAGCCCUCCUACCCUGACCCAACCCCCGCUGCUGGAGCAUGGCUGAGCUCUGCAGCAAUCGGCUUUGACUUCUCAGCAGCUGUGUGGCCACUGAACACUUUUAACAAGCUCUGUCAUUUCACAGUGGAAACACGGGAUCGCACUCAUAAGCCAGGAGGGAAAAGUAUGUGGUAUUAGGGACCUGAUCCGCAUAGAUCGGAGUUUUACAAGAGCAUGACCCUUCAGCGUUGAAGAAUGUGUUUCAAUGUCACAGGAGAAUUACAGCUGAUACGUAUGUUGUUCUUGGCAAUGGCUUGUACAUGGAUAUACUCUAUAAACACCCACAAGCACACAAAAUAAAAGAAAAAUGUCAAUUAAAACAUUAAACCAAAAGAAGUAUGCAACCUGAAAUCAUUAUUAAGCUACUGUUACUCAACCAUUAUGAAUAUAAAUAGAGUAAUGAACUUGAAAAAAAUUGAGGAAUACUUUCAUGUGGGAGUGUAACAGUGAAAUCAGGUGGUAUUGUUCCAAAUACAUCAUGACAUGUCCGUGGGUAAGGAGAAAUAGAUCAAUUACAUAAGGUAGAGAGUGGGAGUUAAAUAUAGACGGCCAAACAAUGGACAGUAUUCAAACGUAUGAAUGAAUAAACCCGGUUCCUGCGAAAAUUUAUGCAUGAUGGAUAAUAGAUUUAUGGAAGAAUAAAUUUAAUUUGUGAUGCUAUUUGUGUAAUGAAGUGUGUCAAAUGGUUUCAAAUACAGGACUCUCAAGGGAGGUCUAGAAAGUGAUUAUACAGGUGUAAAUUAAUUUUGGAACAAUGAUUGGGGGUGUCAUAAUAUUAGUUGUUGAAGAAAACAUAAAAAAAAGACACAUAGUUUUGUAAUCUCUGAAAAAAAGCUCGUUCAGCGUUUCUUUCAUCUUAUUAUUGUCUCCAUCUUUGUCGAUUUAUGCACAAACGCUUCAAAGACCACACAGUGCAGCUUACCACUGGCCUACAGAUGCAAUGUUCACAGCAGGAGUCAGAGAUAAAGGAGAAACUGUAGAAAGAUGUUCAACAGAACUGAAGAAAUCCCCAAGUCACUCGGUGUAACAACAUUUACCUUCCUGCUGCGACCAAAAAACAAUGGCAGUAUAAUGACGAUGUUGAUGUGCACAAAAUAUCCAGUUAUCUCGAAAGACAAAAUCUCUUUGGAGCUGUUUACAUGGCUUCUAAAAAUCAAUAUUCAACUGAAAGUCCUGUAAACAUGCAGCAGUGUGUACUCAGUUUAACCCCUGACUUACAAACAGAUGCGUGUGCUUAUAACCUAUAGAGCCUAUAGUACACAGGUGAGACUCUUUACCCUUCAAAUAAACCACAAUAUGAUUUAUGUGUGUGUUGGGGGAUUGUACUCAACACAUUCAGAUAAUGUUUCUAAAAUAGAAAGAAAACAGCAGGCAUAUGACAGUACCUCACGAGACAGAUAAAAAUCAGCACAUACUAGAGACAGGUCAAAUUGUUGAGAGGAAAUAUGAACCCUUUUUAAAUGUUAGAGGACACUAUUGGCCAAUCACUCCUCUUGUUUGAUGUCCCUCUAGUCUCUUACAUCUGUAGUAAGCUACUGCAGCCGUUGUUAAAAAAAUGAAGCCAAUACAAGAGUGAAAAAAAACAAAAUUUCUCCUCUUCACUCCACUUCAACUCACGUAAGGCUGACUCCAGAAUCUAAGAAAUCUCAAUUAGGCAUUUAAACUGUUACAGAAAAUUUAUUUGAACCACCUGUCAGGGGAUACAGUUUUUAAAUAAAACAUCUGUUGAGAUGAUACAAAGGUUCAGAUUUAUACACAAACUUGCAUAAUUAAGGGCGUGGAUCAGUUGAUGGACAUGUUUGCAUGUUUUUAGCUGUUUGCAGAAUCAGAAUGUAUCAGAAGUCGAUUGGAGUCAGCAUUUCUCAUUUUGUCGCUCACCAUCAUUGGAGUUAAAAUUGCCUCCUUAGAAACAAAUAGGUCCACUGUUUCCCCAGAAAAGUCUUAAGACACAGUGGUAAGAGGACCAUAGAGACACACUAACCUUUUUAGUUAUUUAUUUCCAAUGUAACACGUGACUUUUGUUUAGUUAACUCCAUGAAAGUUCAAGUAAAACGUGAGUGUUCAUGAUAUAUUAAUUAAUCUGGAAUGAUUGAGGGAAAACUUAAUCCACAGGGACUGCUUUCAAGUCCUACAAUUUCAGUGUUGUAUUAUAGGUUUGGAGAAUUGUGACAGCAUUGAAGAUCAUUUAAACCCUAACUUUCCCCCAGUUCAGAGGAGUAUUUAACUGAUAAUCUUGCAUAAAAAUGUGCAAAAAUUUAUACUUUUGUUCUUGGUUAAUUAAAAGCUAAAGUCAAAAGUGAGAUACAAAUAAAUCUUCUCUUUAAAAAAGUCUUCUAUUGGACAAAUACUUCAUUUGAGAAGGAUGUGAUAAAGACAUUCUAUUGUCGUUCAGUUCUUUUUAACAAUGGAAGUGUUUGAUACAGACAAGAAGCUUAAAAUAUACUGUAUAUGUAUAUUUAUAUUGUACAAAUUCACACACUGACCCUGAGGUGACAUUGUUGGUUUUUGCCUGUGCACUUGUUCCUCCAUGGAUAGCUAUUGCCAUGGCAACCAUAAAUUACCAUCCUUGGAUACCAGUGUCUUUCCCUCAUCAGCUGAUGUGUUUUCUUCAUCACGUUCAUCCCUGUUUGCUCUCCCCUUCUCUCUCUUUCCCAGUCUUCUCCCUAUUUUUUUCUCUCCUCUCUGUUCUUAUCUCCCUCUCUGUCUCAUCUUUUCUCUUUUGCCCUCACCUCCUUUUAGAUUUUGUUCUUUUCAUUCUUUUGUCCUCUUCUUCUCUUUCUGUCUACCUUCAUUUCUCACUCUUCUCUUUAUUCCCCCCUCUCCAUCGUCCUUUCCUCUCUCUUUCUCCCCUGUUGCUCUCUACACCCCUUACCUUCUCUUUCUCUUGUUUCUCUAUUUCUUCUUCUCUUCCUUCUCAUUCCUCUCUAUCCUCCACUCUCUUUUCCCUGUGCUUUUCUCCUUUCUCCUCCUCUUAUUCUUCUGGUUUCUCUCCCUUUCCUCUACUCAGUCUUUCCGUCCACUCCCUUCUCCUCCUCCCGUGUUUGUCUUUCCUCCCCCCUCUUUCUUCAGUGUUUAUCCCCUCCGCCCUCACUUCUUUCUUUUUUUUUCUCCUCCUUCCCUCCUCUUUGUCUGGCUAUCUCUCUCACUUUCCUCCUCCAUUUCUAUUUGUCUUUCUGUCCCCACCUAAAUGUCUUUCUUUCUCCCUUCUACCUUGUCUCCCACCUUCUCUUUGUACUCCACCUCCCUCUCUCCCCUCCUCCUCCUUCUUUUUCCUUCUUUCUUUUCUCCUUACCUGUCCCAUUUGUCCCCCUCUCACUGUUUUCCACAUUUUAUCCUUUUCUUCUCGACCCUUUCUUACCUCUUGGCUUCACUUUCCCUGACUCCUCCAUCUUCUACUUCUACUGUAACUCUUACCUUAUUACCCCUCUCUCUUUCUCUUUCAGUCAUCACUGUCUCUUUCUGCUUCUUCUUCUUUUUCACAGGUAGAUCCUCUCUACUUCCUUCUCUGACACACAUUUAGCCAGGUGCAAAUCUCAGAAUUACACACACCUUGUCUGCCUGCUUCUGUUUGUAACAUUACUUUUCCUCUUAGCCUGUUUUUGAGCAGAUCAAUUAGACUCCUCGGAGAUCCUCACUGAGCUAAUGUUAGCUCCCCUGCCCACUCAGUCACCCCCUGCACUCAAUCUUUCCAACUGUUGCUAAUAGUAUUUCCCCUCGGAUGUGGCGGCUAAAACUGUUUGGCUGUUACCAGAGCAACUGGCUGUUCUAUUUAAAGGUUAUUAACAAAGUUAGAUAGCUUCUGUCUUGUGUGGGAGCUUGUUUGGACGAAUUAGGAAGGAGUCGAGCUUGGACAUCAGUCUAUUGGACGGCAAGAUGACAGAAAAAGAUUUGUUUUGUUUGUUAUGGCUGGAUUUCUACUUCCACUGAUCUUUGUUUGUUGAACUGGAAGGACCUCAACCUCACAACAAAGAUUACAGCUAUUAACUCUAUAAAAAGCUAUUAAAACAAACCAUGAAAUAUUCAAAACACACAGAAACAUUGGCCUAAUAUAGGGCUUUUUUUCCUCCUUUAUCAUGCGUCUGUGAUCUGACAACUGAGAGUUCUAGCUUUCAUACAACCAAUCAAUACUUCAUUAGCGUUUUCACUGCAACUCUGUUAUCUCUCUUUCAUUGCAGUUGACUUAACAAGUGUUUUUGGAGGAUACUGGGAGGAAUUUUAAAAUGCCCGUGGCAACAUCCAGCUCUGACUCUGGUAAGUGGCUUGGUCCCGCUGCGACUCCCACGAUGUAUGUGUGUGUGUAUGUGUGUGUAUAUGUGUGUGUCAGUAAGUGAGAGGGAUAUGGAGAGCGAGGAUGGAGGAGAUAGUGAACAGCCUUUGGUAACUCCAGCACACAGGACAUGUAUCUCAUCUCCAGAGUUCUAAUGUGACUUAAUGAGCUGGCUAAUGGAGCGCUAAAACUCAGCUUCAGAUCAGUCAUGCCUCCAAGGAUUAGCUGUUGUAUUAUCUGCAGCCCUCCACUCAACGCACAUGCACGUCUAAUCUGCACUAGUGUCUGGUUUUACACAUGCAAACACAAUGACGUCCCCUUUGGAUGUAUAUAAAAUAAGUCUCUUCUUAUGAACUGAUUAUGAAACAGUGAUAGCUGAAGUAGUAUCUUGAAAACCCAAAGAAUCCAUCAAUGUAUGAACUCUCUAUGACGAUUUUUCACAUUGAGGUGAUUAUGAUAAAGUCAGCAAUAGUUUUCCAGAAAGGAGACUGCAUUUCCCAUGAGCACUAUCACCCUGUGUCCUUCAAAUGUGGUUCUUGCCAAAGCAUGCACUUGUAUCAGAAGAAAGUGAGUGAAAUAAGGUUUGAGAGAUUGUUGAAGAUAACUUUCUGCAGGGUGUUAUGAUGUGCAACCUUGAAAAUUGAUGAAUGUGACCAAUGACAACAUUACAACUUUGUCAACUCUGGUUUAUUAGAGUUGCUUUUCUAACAAAAGGUGACCAGACAUACAGGUUAGGGAUGUCUCAAUCAGCAAUUUUGGCCCCUAUUCCUGAUUCAGUUUUUCAAUAUUGUGGAUCUGCUAAUACCAAACCUGAUAACAAUUUCAACAGAGCUGGAUCUCCUGAUUCUCAACACUGGUGGAUCAGUCCUGGGGUCCUGCAGUAAGGCUCAGCAAUGACAUGAGCUUUAACUGUUUGUUGUAAAACUAACAGCAGAGGAAAUAAAUGGAACACAGCUCUACUGCCACUGCCUUGUAAAAUGAUCAUAUCCUGUUUAUUGCAGGAGUCUGUUCGGCUAUUUUCACUAUGUAGUCUAAAAUAUUUCUGCACUGCUGACAUUUUAGCCAUAGGGUUGCUAAUGCUAAUGCAACAGACUAUCGUGUGUUUAUGUUCUUCGCCUUAUCGAACCAUGUGUCCCUGAAAGUAAAAAAGCUUAGCUUAAAGGGGUAUUUAUGUUAACGUAGCCAACAUGAAAUAUGAAUACAUUUCAUACCGAGAGCAGGUGCACUGCAAAGACAUGAGUAGUUUUGUUGCUGAUGAGCUCAUUUCAGAAAUGUUAAAAACUCCUUAUAGUGUCUUUAAGUGUUUAGCAGAGGUUGCAGUUACUUUGGCGUCAAGUUUUUGUGCUGCAGGUUCAGGUUAGGGUUAAGUUCCUGAUAUAUUACCUUGUAUUUGAAGAUGAUUGAUUAUUUUUCCAUGAAGUGUAUUUUUAAAUUCAUGAAAUUCUGGUAAUAAUAAAAAAUGGACAACAAAAAAUAGACUGCAGUGCAGUACUCAAAAGAAUUGCAUCAUAUCUGAGACUGGACUCCAGGCCAAAAAAGAAAUGAAUCCAGGAACCAAAGUAUGUGAUUAUAUUUGUUCAAAAUAACAAAAAUUGUUUUAUACCCUUGUGCAAAAGACUCAACAUCUUUUCUAGAAUUGAAGUCAUGUUAAUGCCCUCUAUGGCUGGCUUUUCAUCUCAGUGAAUUUUCAGAUGUACAACUUGGCGCCAGUAUCAAAGAUGAAAACGUUGCUCUGUGACAGCAGCAGAAUUAUAUUUCCUAGUUUGAAUGCCAGAAAAAAAGGUGCCAGCAUUAAACUCUACCCUGGCACAUAGCCGUGCUUCCAUGCAUUUCCACCUCUCUCAUUGCUACAGGCGCUCGAUCCAGACUCAUAAAAGAUUAAAAAAAGCCAUGGCCAGAUGUCUGGGAAAUUAAGAGCCUCAGUGUAUUUGUUAAUAGAUGACCAAAUCUAGAACUCAAAAGCUUUUCUGUAUUUUAUCGCCUCGUCAUAAAUUGCAUCAGUCAGCCGUAGAAUAGAUGGAGAAAAAGCAGUUCCUGGAAGAGCUAAAAUGCGAGUUUCUUUUCUUGUAAUGGGAUGUCAGUCAGGCUUGAUUUGUACACUAGCCAAGGGCUAAGGCUGGAUGACUGGCAUUUUUAGUAACACACAGUAAAUUGUUUCUUCAAACUCAUUCAUGUCCUUCUUUUUUUAUGAAACAGCAUUUCUAGUGAGGCUAUUUUUGUGCAGGCUUUGAGGAAGGGUUAGAGAAGGGUCAGGUUUGAUUUUGAACAUAAGAUAUUUUUCUCUCCUGUCAGCGAGGCAACUCUGAUAAAUGUUUCACUUGAUUUAGGAGCAGUGAACACAAAUAUAAACAUUUAGAUAAGUAUGCUCAGCCUCCAUAGCAAGGCUGUAGGUGUUUUCACCUGUCUGUGAGGCCACUUAUGGAAGGUCAUCACUUGUUUAUGUGUCAAGUCCCACCAUGCCACCUCCAUGACCAAUCCUCCUUCCAACAAGCCAACCCUCUGCUGCUCCUUCCCACUGUUAACCCCUCAGGGAAAGCCCAGAGGGGAAAAUCACCAUGCCUCCUCUCCUCCCUCCUCUCAGUAAGAGCAUCACACUUCCCUCCCCUCUCUUUUCUUCCCCCACCUUUCCUUUGCCUCAUACACACACCACCUCUCGUCUCCAUUCAUUCAUGCGCAAGGAGGAGCCGCUCAGCCGGGCAGAGCUUAUACACAUUCACGUCAAGAGCAGGUGAAGAGGGAGGAGAGAGCGGGGAGCUGCUUUGGCAGUGAGAGGAGGAAAAGGAGAAAGGGAGAGAGAGAGAGAGAGAGGGAAGUAGAUCCCUCAGUCUGCUUCAGAUACAGUACUGGGUGUGUAACUAUAGAGAGGUGUUGUUCACCAUGGCGGGCAGUGUGUUUGGGAGACUCUCCCUGGAGGAGGGCGACUCAGCCAACUCCCUGGAGGGCCUGGAAAUCAAGCUGGGGGGUGAAGGUAAGAACUCAAGUCCCUACCUGCUGUGUGUGUGUGUUAGCUAUGCAGAAGGUUUUUAAAACAAAUAAGUUCUUGAAGCUAUUUGUUUUUUCUUUUCAUCGCAGGUUAGAGAACAGUUCUUGCGCACAGAAACAACGCAUAAAAGCUAAUGUGGAACGAGUGUUAAAAUCACAACUGAGCAGGUGCAAAUAUGCUUGUGCACACGCCAGUGGCAGGUUGAGGGCUAGUUGGCGUUAUAAAUUCGCAUUGCACCUGCUCCUGACGCCCCGGUUCAAACCUCUAGAGUGUGAUGAAGAUGAGCGGAGACAGAUUAGGACCCUGGGCAGUGUGUGACGUGCAGGAAUCUGAGGCAGGAGACUACAAAGUGAGGGAGAAGACAGUAAGCUGCAAUGAAAACAAGCCAUGUUUUUGUUUAUUGGAUCGACUUUGUUUUGUAUAUUCAGUCUGAUCGGGGAAAAGUCAAGAAAGCCAAAAACUGGAAGUCAUAAUGAGAGGAAAAAUCAGUCUCAAAGCAGCCAAGUAUUUGUUAUUGGAUGAUUCUCCCGGAAUAAUGUUUGCUCUCACAGCAUGGAGUGGGAAGCGCCAUACAUCCUAUCCAUAUUUCAUGGCAGUCCAUUAAUAUUACAUGUGGUUGCAUACUACACUGUAAUAUCUUCUGAGCGUGUGUCCAUAUCUAUUUAGGUAGCACCGCUUUUCACUUACGUUCAACUAUUUAAUGAUGUCUUGUUGAAUAAGUCACUGUAAGAAGCAUCAUUACAUCAUUGACUGUCUACCGCAUGUCACAUAGUGCAGCAUGUCGUGAAAUUUCUGCUGCUGUGUAAUGUAGCCUGACAAGACAUGGGGGACAGCCAUGAUGAAUCACAUUUUCUGUCAGUGUUCAAAUCCUGUUACUCCGCUCAUAUGUGUGUGUGUGUGUGUGUGUGUGUGUGUGUGUGUGUGUGUGUGUGUGUGUGUGUGUGUGUGUGUGUGUGUGUGUGUGUGUGUGUGUGUGUGUGUGUGUGUGUGUGUGUGUGUGUGUGUGUGUGUGUGAGAGAGAGAAAGAGAGACAGGACCAGGAGAGGGAGAGGGAGACUUCCUGUGCAUUGUGCAUUCACGAGGAGUAGGUAGGGGGUCAUUCAUAUGCAACAGUGUUCAGAUCAGAGACAGCACGCUUGGAAGUGUCAGACUCACAACCUUCAAAUAACUCUUCACUUUCGCCUCCCUCUCCACACACACACACACACACACACACACACACACACACACACACACACACACACACACACUCCUCAACAAACCCUCGUACUAUCAGAAGACUUUUCUGUGUGCCUACUGGACUAAUGAAGCAGUGUUCAAACACAGAUGAUGGAUCAUUGAGUGGAGCAUGUUGGUAGGAUUAUGCUGUCAAAGAUAAUCGCCGGGUUUUAACACAAUGGGACAAUUUAAUUCAGUUCAGGCGCUGGGUUUCGGAUAAUGCGGUGACACUGUCAAUUAUUUCAUUCCUAUCACACCCGGAGGAUCUGAGUUUCGUCUUUUAUUAACCGCAAUAGUGAAAAUCAACGUUAAGUAAAAGCCAAAGAUUUUUAGCCCCAGGAAGAUCCGUUGGAGCAUAUCGGUUUCCCCUGAAAAACUUCACAUAAAACCCCCCCCCCUUGCCCCCACACUGUGGCCCUGUGGGGGGUGUAAUGGGAGCGGCUGUCCAUUUGCAAAAUGUCAACAAAUAUCACAAGUGUUGUUUCCAAUGGUGACCUUCAGCAGGCUAAUAAGGCGAUCCAGCCUGUGUCUCUUUCACGCCAGCUUGGAACAAGCAUCACCAUGGCGAUGUGGUGGCUUAAAUGGCAUUCUUCUGAUUAGCCACCAAAGAGAGGGGUCAGGGUCACAGUGGUUUUGCUGGAAAGGCUUUCUUUCAUGAGACAGUCUUGGACACUUCUAUAACUUUCAGCUUUUGGCAAAUUUUGUUAUCAAAAAACACAGAAAAGAAAAAGAAAUCACCGGUAAUUGUCUAGACAGUAAAAGUGGUUAUUGCCAGAAUUUUAUUAUGAGAACCUGAAAGUUUUAUUUCAAGGAGAGGUUGUUUUAUGUUUAGCUGCUACUAAAAUGAACACCCAGGGAGUAAUAACCAUGUUUCAGUAGAUCUCAUAGUUUUAAAAGACUUCCAGAAAGUUCUUUGGCAACACUCAAGGGUACUAAGACACUUUUACAUGUGGCAUAAAGGUCUGCUUUCCACUGAGGUGACUCUGAAGUAAAGCAAAUGAUCAAGAGAAUCAGGUUUUCUGGUUUCUUUUCAGCUUCCUGGUAUAUAUUUGAACAUCCCCAGUACACCCACAUCUUCAGUCAAGUUGAUUUAGAUUAUUUUGGCUGAAAAGUUUUCUCUUAGGACUGUGUGUGGGUGUGCACACACUGCAGCUGAUUGGCUCUUGCUCUCACACUCCUGUUAGCUUUAUUGAACCUAUUAGACCGGGCUCAAACAACAGGAGUUUUAAAAUCUGAACUGAUUUAGAAAUGUAGUUAUAUCAUGCACAUGGAGAAAUUUCAGAGGUAUCCUUUUGUCUCAUCUCAAACAUGACUGCACUACAAGAUAAUACUGAGAUGAUCAUAUUAGCUGGAAGGAGCAGGUGACACAAAACAGAGAGGUUGAACAUGUCUGAUAAGAGAGUUUGGGAAAAUUAGGUCAACAUGGGUAGCGUAUUCUUAUGCUGUUUUCCAGUUACCUCGGAAGUCGGAUGUUGGAGCUUGGAAUGACGCUACACCCGAAUUGACGGCAUUCCAGUUAACAAGUCAGGAAACCAAGAGGGACGCCUACAGUUAGCUGUUGUUUACAAUUAUUAGCUGUUGCUAGCCGUUGUCAGCUGUUGUUAGUUGACAUUGUCAGUUGUAAACAAGGCAUAACACGGUAUUUCACUCUUACAAACACCAUAACACCGUGUUCACAGUUAAACAUUUGGCAGUACAACACAUACCACUUAUUUCAGUUCACAAAAACAAAACAGAAGCACUAAUAAAUAAUAAAUUUCUUUUUUCUGUUACUCUUUAUUGAUGAUGCACUGCGCUGCCAUCUUGGAUUAUGACGUAGCCGUCAAGUCGGGGUUGGCGAGAAUCGUUUGAUAUUCUGAGUCGGAAAUCUCACUUCAGGGGUGCGUUCCAGAUGAAUUUCCGACUCUCGGAAAUUCUGACUUCCGAGUACAACUGGAACUCAGCAUUAGAGUCAAGAUCCUACCUCUGGUAUCUAGAAGUAGCCUACUAGCUUACACUAACCAUGGUGUUUACCAAAGCUGGAAAACUUUAGAGGGAAAUCUGUUUUCAAACUUGCUCAUACUCUAAAGUUCUGAUAUAAUCAUAACCAUCCAGAUUUUCAAAACUACGCUAUGUUGAAUAUCACCAGAAAGGCCUGAAUGAAUCUGCACCUUCUUUUUAGAAGACACUAAACUGGAUCUUCAAAGUGUUUACUUUAAAAUCGAAUCCUAACAUUGAGAGUAGACCAAAUAUCUCUCCUGGCAUCCAUAUCAUUUUUCUGUGUUAAAUACUUCAUUUUGUUGGGUCCUAUCCCCAUAACCUGAGAUUUCCACUGCAUCCGAAACGGUUCCGAUCCGGAACGGCAGUGAUUUUUGCCGUACGUCAAUUGCUACUGAAACCGAGGCGAAUUUCGUGGUGGAUUAUGGACAGCAGAAAUUGCGAGAACUCACAAGAGCCCGCGGGUUCACGUGCAAUCGCACGAUGACAAGUUGUCUUUAGCCACAUAGGCUAACCAUAUAAGCAGUAGAUUGUGUCCUUCCAGAGGAGCAAAUCUGCUUCUAGACUUACAAAAUCAGCAUCGCCUCAUCCAUGGUGCCAUCGGGAUGAAAUGCUGUUCAUAAACCUUUCGCUUGUUCAUCCCGGCCCGUUUGCAUGGUGUGAAAUAUGAUCUGCCUGAAACACAGAGUGUUUUAUUUUGAAAAGAAGCCGGAUGUUUUCUUUUGUGUCUGUGUCCGACUUCCUCUCCAGCACAGGUUAAUCUGUACAGAAUUUAUCUGGCAUGCUCCGGCGUCUGGAAAAAAUAGAACUCUUGCGAUCAGCUGCAGAGUCCGGCGAUCCGCAGCAGAACAGAAAGAAACUAACACAUUAACUUGAAUGGUUACGAUCAGCUACCAUUAGCGGAUACGGACUUUUCGUAGCCGUUCCGGAUGCGGUGGAAAUUGCCAGUAACAGUGAAGGGAGGGAUAUCCUCACCAUAAACAGAAUUAGAGAUAGGAUAAUUAAUUUGGCAGAGUUAAGGUCAAGGUGGUGAGUUCUUCUUUGAGUUACCAAACACUAAAAAGUGAGGGGAACCAAACAAGAUAGACAUUCACCUUUUCUCACACCACUUUCAAUGGAAAUGUUCAGUCUAAUAUGAACAAUAGCAGCUGUUUUCUUGUUUCAUCUCAGCCCAGUUUUGACCUUUUUUGAGAGGAUAGGACGUUGUGUAGAGCAAGAAACUGGGAAAAAGAGUAGGGAACCUUUGAAAAGACUUUCACCUGGAGAUGACCAACAGGUUGAAACACUGUAAAUCAAUAGAUUCCUUGCGGCGUUGAGUAAGACUGCGGGCUUAACCUCUUUCUGCAAAGAGAGUAGGAAAUGACAAGCAGCAAAGGGCUGCAGGUUUGAUGUGAGCCUGCUGCUCAGGUUGAGGUCUGAAGCCUCUUUACAUGGAGCACACCAGGAAAACUGCCUUUGUGCUUAAACUCAGUGGGGAGGAUUACGAUUAUCACAAAGUUAAUGUUACUUUAACAUGGUGGGAAGAACUAAAGAAAUACCAACAAUCUAAUGAUGGUAACACACAAAUAAGAUGACUCAAUUACUGGAUUUAGGAACAUCAACAAGAGUUGUGUUUUCGUAUCUGUAACUUAAAAUACACUUUAAAAAUAGAGCAACGCCUGUGAGCUUUGGAAGACAAGCGACACGAGCUGCACUGAUUUCACACAUAAAACGAGUCAUUCUCCACUGCCAUCGAUAAAUGUAUCCUCACAAUUUGGCAGUUUAUUCAAGCAGCAACAUUUUCCUGGUCUUUUCCUCGGCUCUGUCAUCGCCUCCACUGCCCUCAUCCUUUUGGCUUUUGUAAUUUACCGGCUGCUCUAAAUAUCACUGCUUGAUGUCAGAUUUAGAAAUAAGAGAUAUGAUAAUUAGCAGGUGUGAACACUAGGGGUGUAACAGUGAAAAAUACAUGAAUCAGUCCUGCUGUUUGUCUUCCUGUGCUCUCCAUACUCGACAUCUCCUCCCAAUUGUCUUCAGCUGUCCUAUUGAAAAGGGCAACAAUUCCCAUAAAAUAACACGACAAAAGAGUUUGUCUGAUAUUUCCCCAUCACACUUUGGUCAUACUGUCACCUACAGGCUCUGGUUGUGGUGGUUAAAGAUAUUAUUGCAUCACUCCUCAAAGUUCUGCUUUUGAAUAAAUCUGUGAGGACUGAUAAGGUUGGUGUCUAGACUGCCGGACAAACAUUUAAAAUCACAAAUAUAAGCUGUCAGACUAAACCCUGAUGACUUCGAUAAUUUAGGUUUCUGCUACCUGAGUAGCUCUGCUUAUCUUCAACCUGAGCGGAGGACUAAAAAGCCACAAGUGGAAAGAUUUGUUUGGGUGUUCAGGAUCUUAUGUAUGAUUAGCCCUUACAUUUCUGCCGUAGAUUAGCAGAGUAAUGCAUCUCUCCUUCUAUCCAUUAUUAUGCUUGACAGAUGGGGAGAGCUGUUUGAUCGAAGGCAAGCCUAUACACGAAACACCCACUCAGACACAUGCGCACACUCACACACUCAUACACAUAUGAACAGUUUGACUACACAAGUGCAUUACACUGUGGAUGUGCCCACUCAUGCUGUGCUGUACACAAUGCUUUCUUGUCAGGAUGAGGCUGCUUGUUAUUUCAGGGAUGUUCAAUUUACGGAUGUCAAUAUAUUGAGUCCUGUUCACAUUCAACAGAGCAGUAUCCACAGUUUAUCCAUAGCAGUUUUAAUCUGUGUGUUGUCUGACUUAUAACGCCCUGCAAGGACAGAGAGAUGGAAAAAUCAACUAUACUGUAUAUAAAAAAGACAACUUAAUAAUACAUUAAGGUUAUGAAUGACUCGGUUCUGUCAUACACUCGGAAAUUUACUCCCUCCAAUCUAAUUCUCUACCACUAUCUUAGACAUUCAUGUUCUCCACCUGAGGGAUUGAUAGUAAUUAUAUUUUUCUGGAGAGCAGGGAGCCGAAUCAAAUCUAACAGCAACCUUAAAGUAUUUAAUAAAGUCUGUCCAGGCCCGGGAGUAUUUUAUUACAUAGAGGUGACUUUGGCAAUUUGAAAUAGUUUCAUGACACCCGCAACAUGCUCCUUUCUGUCAUUUUAAUGGAGCGACAGAGAAAUAAGGCUGCAGUAACUUUAAACAGCAGGUCUGCGAAACAAUGAGAAUACAAAUGAGCGUUUGAUGAGAGGACUACUCAGAAAUCUGUUCAUGUUUUCACAGGACGAAGUUGGUGUUAGUGCUGCAGAGUCAUUGUGCAAACUGAGAAGCUUAACAUUGACCUUAAACAUUGAACAUACCCUGAUUAAUCACCUGCAGGGCUUUGCUUCUGCUGACUUACAUCGUUUUAUCACAUCACAACUCUGGCUAUAUGGGGUGAAUUUUAAGUCCAUUUUCAGGAUGGAAUAUUUCUGUUGUAGAAACAUGUAGGCUCAGGUUUGUUACCUCCAAACAAUUUAACACUGGUGGUUUGUGAAGAAAGCUGAUCAGCCAAAACCUUUGCUAGAAAGCAAGAUUUGAAGAGAUCAAGUUGUAAGUAUUCACUCAACUCAGAGUUUUCAAUACUCUGUAAGUAAGGUUCACUAUUCAAGAGGCCGUGACUUCAUGUCAGCUACUGCUGAUCUGCUUUUGAGCAGGAAAUGUUCAAGAUAAAAGAUCAGCCAUUAGAAAAGCGCUGCCUGUUUUUCAAUCAGGUCUCAUGAUCCCAGAGCUGAGUCAAGGUUUUUGAGGGGAGUGUAGGGUUAGUAUGUUUUGAGAUAAGCAAAACACUCACCUAAAGGUUUUUAGAUAUAUGUAUGUACAGUACAUAAUGUACAAAUACAAAGAGAGAUUUUCAUUGUGCUUUUCGCUCAUAAUUUUAAUCAGCACAGACUGAUUAAAACACUUAAAUCCUGAACUAAAAGUGCUUGUAACUCAAAAUUUAGCACAGAAUAAUGCUAAACUGUUAUACAUAAGAAUCAUAAGAAUUAAUCUGAACAACAAGUUAAUGGAAUAACCUCAGCAGAUGUCGUCAAAUGCAGGUCCAGUCGUUCCCUAAUGAUGCAGCACUGAUAUAAUGAGUCUUAAAUUAUGCUUUCACUCAGUAUGGGUCUUUCUUUAUGCCAGCUGUCUUUCCUGCAUUUAGAGGCUGAAUCUGUGUUGCUUUUAGGUUGAGUUAUGUUUGCAACUUUUUUAAUUGCCUAACAUCAUAUCUCAGUUUUUUUCGAUUAGACACUGCUCUGCUUCCACCAGAUAUAUCGAAGGUUAGGGUUGGUUAGCAGUGGGGUUUCCUGACUAAUUUGUCUAGCUCUGUCAUUGCAGGGGGGCAUGGAGUAUGUGUGCGUACCAGACACAUCCAAUUUUGGUGUCCAUCAAUCAUAUUUACCUCAAUUUCAGAACCCCUGGUUCAGCCAUGUUUUAGUAUCGACCACAGCUGCAAUGAGAUAUAUGCCUCUAGGAUCCAAUCUCAAAGUUUUCAGUAAUUCUGGUGUAGACAGUGGUUAUGAAUUUUAGCUGAGACUUUCUUUACUACAUGGGAUUAAUGUCUUUACCUUGACACAAACAUUACUCAUUGUAUCCUCCAGAGCAGCCCCUCAUUAUACAAUACUGCACUGAACUGCAUUGAGAAGCAAAUACUCAUACGAUCAUGGACAUUACUUUUACAUUUUUGCAAUAGAUUCACCAUAUAAGAAGGUAAAAACAGCUUCAUAAUGUGAAAUUAUUAGUUUGUGGUGGUAAACCCACAGAGAUCUUUCAUGUCAAACUGCAGCUCCUCUCAGCUCUAAGGAACCGAGCAGAAAAUUUCAGAUCAUCAUUAAGCUUGAAUCCCAAACUUUAUCAUUUUGGUUCAGUUUCGCUGCACUGAGAGUCUAAUUUUUGAUCACAACAGGCAGCUAUUUUCUGUGAAAAAAAGGCCUAAAAAACUGUACACCACUUUCUCAGCACAUAAUGGCAGACACAGACACUGUUAGCAGCUAGCAGCCAAGGAGCCAGACGAUUCCCUCUGGAGUCAGUGGAAAACAAAACAAACACUUAUUGCACUAAGUUAUGUUUUGCACAUUACCUGUUAACAAGAACUUCUUUUACACACUUACAUCUACCCAGGAAGACAUUUAAAGCAUUUAAAGAUUGUUCAUCUGGAGACAUUUCUGCAAACCAGCUUGUUCUCUCACCUCUUAUUUGAAGAGGAAAGAGUUAGCUCGAAUGUCCUCCCCUGUGUUUAAAGCCUGCUGAGAAAACCCAAACACAAGCACAUCUACCUCAGCUCGCUCAUCUCGCUGUCCCUAAUCACAGCUCCGUGGCAACACAACAACCUGCCGUCUGAGAGGUUCACAUCCCCCCGCUGUGCUCUGACCACAAACAAUAGCAGCCCAGAUUGUUUGUCUGCCUCUGUGACAUUGAGUUUAAUUGUGACUCUCCUUAGAGGUGAAGCCGCUCUGAUGAGACUUUUCUCCACAAAAGCACCCUUAAUUUGAGUUCCUCGUAAUUACACGUCCUCUGCUGUCAUUUUUGUUAUUUUGUACUCUUUGUGGAGAGGUGAUGCAGGAGACCACUGCUGUGUGUUAUUAUUGCUAAUAUGUACUAGCUGAAUAGCUCGGUAUAAUCGUACCUGAAGGAUUGCUCUAAAAGCUGUGUAAGCCAAAGUAAAUCAGUUUACUUCAUGUGUGUUGACUGUCUCAGUCUCCUAAGGACAUUAAAUUUGUCUCUUUUUUCUGCUUCACAUAAGGUCCUCAGGCAUUUACACCUUAAAUCCACAUAAAAUAACUUAAAAAACUCUCAAGCAUGUAAAGAGCUUUCAUUUUUUCCCUUUAGAGAUGGUAUCCAGAGAGCACAUGAUGAACAUGAAGUUGGUUCAGUCCUUUUUUGUCCAUUUGUUGUGACCUUAAAACCCUCAUCUGCUAAAUGGAGCCCUUUAAUAGUAUCAAGUUACCGUGCGUUGUAUAAGGGAUUUGGAUUCACUGAAGCGAGAAAUGACUUUCGCCUGAGUUCUCACCUGGAGAGGCUCAGAGGAUGGAAAAACUUGAGUGCAUUGUUAAGCAGAUGUCUUCAUGCAACUUUGAAGAUAUAAUAUGAGACAGGAGCGGGAACAUAAUCAGUGCUUUUGGUAAUAAGAAAGAAAAAAGGCAGUUUGGUCCUGGUUUGUAGUUUUUUUUCCCAGUUUUUUGUACAUGAUGAGGUAAUCCUGAACAAUUUUCAUAAUAAUGUCCCAGUUAAAAAACUCAAAUACAUCACAGCUUUGGACAGUGGUAAUCUGCUGAUUCCUUUUUUUCCUUUUUAACAGAGAUCUGCAUGUAAAACAAGCCUUUUAACCUGCUUUGGAUAAAAAAUGACAACUUAAGCAGCAAGUCUGUCUGAAGCUUUGUCUUAAAGGCCAAUCAGCAUUUACAUUAUUGAGGUUAGGGCUGGGUGAUAAACCGAAAAAUUUACUUAUACCAAAAUUUACAACAAUAACUGACAUCAUUUUGCCCAUAUCGGCAUACUCGAUAUCAAAUAAAUAAAUAAAUAAAAGUUGUUUUUGUAUGUGUGUAGGUAGGCUAUUGUCUCACGUCCCUUAAAGACGUUGUCCUACGUUGGAGACGUGACUCCACCACAUCCAGUCUGUAACAAAAAGGGAAAGACAGGUGAGGAGAUGGAGGACAGUUCAAAAGUUGUGGGGCUGAAGUAGACAAAGUUAAUGUGGGAGGGGGUGAGCAGCUUGCAUAGUAGUUCUCAUCCAUUUGUCCUUAUCGAGGUGAACUGCUCAAUAUAUCGUGAUAUUGAUUUGAGGCCGUAUCGCCCAGCCCUAGUUGAGAUGAGAAUCAGUCCAAACUCAGUUCAAUACAAAGUCUUUUAAAAGUUUCUCUUCUUCAUGAGGGCAGACAUGACAAACAUUUGCCUUUUACUUUUUUUCUUUUUUUUUCAAAUUUGAUGCUUUUUGAUUGCAAGUAAAUCACAACCACUUUUUAGGAGGUUUGACAGCUGGAGUAAGCCAGUUUGACUCAGUAUUUACAGAAAAACUGAGACUCAUCAGAAACAGAUAAACAGGUGUUAUUAAGGGGGGUGUAAUGAAUUGAUAAGUAACAGCAUUUAUCUCGCAGACAUAUCCGGAGAAGUGACUAUUGCUUUGCUUUUCAUCCGAACACAUGGUCAAUUCUCAAGUCAGGAUUUAACUGUGAGCUGCAUGCAACACAGAGACAGGAAGCUCUGGCUUGAGGCUGAUUAAUACUCAAUGUUGGUUACACCAGAACUAAAGAGAAUACAGCUAUUGUCGUCGUCAUCAGAUUACAACUGAUGGACGCCAUGAUUGCAGUUAUCUUAAUAUGAAGUUAAUGUUACUGUAUAUCACUAUGUGAAACCUCCUCCUGUUUCUCCUUUGACCUGACAUGGCCUUUGAUCUGGUGAAAACAGCAGAAGUUACCCCGUUUAUGUCUGAAUGUUAGGAGAAGAAGGGCAGAAAAAUCCGAGAAGGAGGACAAGUUGGAUUUUUAAUAAUCCCCAUGAAUAAUAGAAAGACCUUAGGCACACUCAGCAGUGGAAAAAUGGCCAUUAUUCUCCAGCUCCUUUCACACCUUCAUGAUCCCGCUAUUACUGCCAGGCAGUGACGAUAUCAGGGAAUAUCUAAUGUGAAUCAAGCCCAUUUCUUUUUCCCCUGAUUUGCCUUGAGUUUUAUCAGGAUGGAAAAGUCUGAUUGGAGCUGAGGAGGAGAGGAAAAGGAGAAAAUAAUAUGUGACACUCAGAAUAUGAAAAUAUUAAUUCAGUAUGGCGUAUAAUGGGAACAUUUUAAAGGGGAAAAAAAUGAGAGAAAAAUCAACAUAGGUCUGUGAGUAUAGACAGGCUAACGUUGGGAAAAGUGCCGACGUGGCAACAACACCGGUGUACGGUUGCAGUGAUUAAAGAGAAUUAUGCAGGACCUGUAAGCCGAGCCUGCUGCUCUGAUAUUCUCUGCCAGGCGCAAAUCUGGCAACCCUCCUGCUGGAAAAGAGCUGCUGUUCAAGGGAAAAUAGAAGACAAACAGGACUUCACUGCGCAAGAUUCGUGUAAUUAUUUAUUUAAUUUACUUAUCAAAUCAUUCAGACACAGAGCGGAUGGACACUGUAAUCAUCCCAGUCCUCUCCCUCUUGACUUCUUGCUUUUAUUUCCUUCUGUCUUUUUAUAUUUACCCUCUAAUUGAAACAUGGAGGAAAGAUUCUUGUCUUUAUCAAAAACAAAUCAUUUCAAGACUCCACAGCAGAAGACUGAAAAUAGAUUCUGGCUCAGUCUUAAAAUAUCCAUUACCUCAUUACUUCUCUUUAAGCACUUUAACAUAAAAAACCAUCAAGGAACAUCAAUUAUCCAUCGGCAUCAGGAUAAACCUGAAUAACACACCUUGUGCUUUUGUUAAACACAAAACACUUACUCCACAUUCAGCGCCGACAAUGAAUACACUGUAUCAGGUGACUUCAACAACUCUGCUUGUCUAUCGAUUAUGAUCUAGAAGUGAGUUUGGAGACAGUGUCUCACAUGUUUCAGAAAAUAAGUAAUGUGUCAAGUGGCUUGGACUAUCAACAAGGAACUGAAUGGAGUUGACUGAAGCUCACAGGUAGAGUCAGUUGUCAGGUGUGAAUGGGAUUGGUUAUUAUUGCUGACGCUUUACAUAGCAACCUCUGCCAUUAGUUAAAGAUUGUGAUGUGAAUGAGUGAGUAGUAGGUAGGGCUUAUUUUGUUAGCCCUACCAUGGAAUAACCGUAGACUAUAUAUAGAAUGGACAGCAUCUGCCUCCUUGCUGGGUGAAGCCACUCCAAAGAACAGCACCCUCUGUUGAUGGGCUGCAGUAUAGGUCAUAAAUCCCGCCUCCGCCAGCAAAGCUUAUGGGGCUGUGGACAAACUUUAGAAAUUUAUUACACAGAAUUUAAAAUUUUCUCCCCCCUGCUUGCGAUGUCGACAUGUAGUUAUUGUAAGACUGGUUUGUGCUCAAGUCCUCUUUUUUCUGUGCAGCUCCAUUUUUGAAAGUUUUUUGGGGGUUCAUGUUUUCUUUGAUUGACACCUGAUACAGCCUAUUGGCGUUCAGGGAUUACAUAGCUCACCCCGGGGAAACUCUGUUUAGGCCGAGCGUCAUCACAGCGACUCUCAGUGACUCUUCCGCCGAAUGCGCACAACGCUACUGCGCAGUGCUGGUUUCAGAAAAUGAAGAAAAAUUGCGGAAAUACUGAGAGCUUUUUGGCUUCAAAUCCGUAUACUGGCGGGAGGCGGAACCAAGUUGUCCAUAGUAUAUACAGUCUAUGGGAAUAACCAAGAAAACCAUGAUUCAAUUGUCAGAAGAGAGUCUGCUGUACUGAUAAGAAACAGCAAUUUGUUCAUAUUUGAGGUGAGUGAUUGGUGUGUGGUCUAUAUUUUUCCUCUCUAUCUCUCAUCUAAUGUAAAAGCACUUUAAAUGGUCAGAGCACUUCAUAAAUACAGCCCAUUACUAACUGAGUUACUGCUUUACUUGGCAUGUUGGAAUAACUGGUUUUUGUUUCAGCACUCUUAGUAAUGCAUCCCGCCUCUCCUCUCGCUGGUAUUUUGCUAACUGGUUCUCUGAAAGCGGCAGACUCAACAGGUAUUUUGUGAAGCACGGCCUCAAACAGCACACCUUGCUCACAGUCUGAUUAGACCUUCCUGACUUGCAGGUUGUGAGGCUGGUGGUGAUUCAAAAACAAGCCUUGACUCUUAACAUGAAGUGGUUCCUCCUUGGUCUGCCAUGCUUGCUCAUAGGAUACCAGCUGAGCUUAGUGGACUCGUGUUGUUUGGUUUGGUGCUUCGUGAGAACAGAAUGACUUGACUCGGUGGACGACACGGUUUUCCUUCCUGGACAUAGACAACACCUGUCACUACAUCUCUGUGCUUUCCCUGGAGGAGGUAAAAUGAUGCUGGUGUUUCCAAGACAGAAAGCUCAUGCCUGAAUGAUCAUCAGCCACUGUGUGUGUGUGUGUGCGCGUGCGUGUGUGUGUGUGUGUGUGUGUGUGUGUGUGUGUGUGUGUGUGUGUGUGUGUCUGUGUGUGUGUGUGUGUGUGUAUGUGUGUGUGUGUGUGUGUGUGUCUGUGUGUUAGUGGCCAAGAUAUUCUUUAUUUUGACCAGAAUGCCUUUGUGUUGACAUAGACGUAAGAUCAUCUGCUGAGUCGAUUGACUAGUCUUUGACUAGUAGUUGCUGACUAUUUGACGCACAAUAAAGACUAACAAGUCUAUUUUAACAGCAGUAUUGAAUUUGAAGACUACACAGUUAUUACAAAGAAUGGCAGAUUCACAGAAAUGCUCACUGCGUAAACUCAAAUUAUAUUUCAAUACAAAUAAGUGCAGAGGUAAUAACUUAACUCGUGAUUUAGCUGAUUUUUUGUGUUUACUUCAAAUGUAGUGUCAGUGAUGAAUAGUAUGCUAAACAUCAGCUUGCAUGUGUUUCCUCUUUAAGUUUCCAGACUUAACUGCUGCACAUAUGAAUAACCACACAGAUCCACGUGUGAAUUUUUGUGUUCAUCUUGUAUUGUCAAUGUUGUACAUGUGCUCGUACAUUCUGAUCUCCAUGGCUGCACUCAUCCCGCCCUCCAUCAUCAUUGUCAUGUGACCCCAAAAUUUGUGCCGUAUGGUACUUUGAGGCCAAAGGGAAAGGAUGACAUUGAAAUAAAGUUCAGCUGGGACCCAAACAAAGAGCUUUCAAGUUAACUCACUCAUUCGGAUACACAUUCAGAAUAAAAGCAUUGUGUAAAAACAAAGUCACUUUAUAGAAAAAGAGAUUUUCAUUUAAAAAAGCAUCCAGGAAGAGUAACUUUGUUUUAAAUUUCAUGUCUGGAAAGUUUCUUUCAGUGGUUGACACAAAUAUUGUUUAUGGAGGGUUGAGAACCUGUCGAGAGAUGUGCACCACUUGUGAUUAAUAAUAAGGGCUUUAUAGAUUCUUGCUGGCAGUCUGAAAGCUCAGCAUGUUAGUAUGCUUGAACCUGAAUGCCUCUCUAACAUCACCAUUGAGUUGUUUAUCACUGAAAAGUUAGUCCUGCUGGCUGUUAAACUGUGCACUAUAAAAUCUAAACAAAGCCCAUUUUCAUAACCUGCUGCUAAUUCUUCUUGUCUGACACCUACCCCAGGAAAGUUUUAACUUCAUAGAAAUAAUACAUCUUAGUGCUGAUGGUUUCUUUUGCUUUUGUAGGUCAUAUAGAGACUUAAAGUUAGGUCUCGGCCUUUUUCAUAAUCAGCUAAAAACUUCUUAAAGAAUCUUGAAGUGCAUGGCUGCGUGUUUUAUAUAAACCAACAGAGUGCAUGUAGAAAUAAUAUUUUCAUAUAUUAUCUGCCUCCACUCUCACAGCAAAGCUCAGCUAAACAGUAUUUCUGCACAUUUCACUACAGUCCAGUGAUACUGCUAAUGUUGUUUAAAAUAUAGUGUGAUUAGCAGUGAUUUCACAGCUUUACUCUUUAAAGUACAGAUCAUCUUAAACAUGAUUAUCUGUAAUUGAAGCUCACAGAAAGCAACCUGCAUUAACUCUCUUCCAACAAAACAAAUUUCCAGCCCUCUAAUUGGACCAACCACCUCUUAGAGCUCUGUUAUGCCCUUAUUUGGACAUGAGACCUGCGACGUGUGUCGUGCAGGAUGGAUCUUUGAUGGACCACCGAUCUGCCUGAGAAAAUCAAAAGCCAGUGUUUUAUUUUUAGCACAGACUUGUUGAGUGAAUUACAGCAGAUAAAUGUUCCCGGUGAAUAAAAAAGCCCACUCCUCUGGCAGUCACGUCUGCUGCUGUGAUAAAUUCCUCUUAGUUGGUGAUUUAUUAGUGUUUGGUGCUGUCGUACGUCACAUUCGGUCUCAUUAGUGACGUUUCAGAUGUAGAAUGAACCUUUCCCGACUUCCCUGCUGUCAUCGCUCUGCAUCUGCAUAUUAUUAGUUGUCCCGAUGAGUCAUGCCUGUGUUUAAGUCUUGUGAUUUCAUCUUGCAAAGAUAAGCUUAGUGCCUUUGAUUUCUUCUGUGCUUCAUGGACUAGAGAGCGUUCAGUUCCAUUUUUGUCCUUUGUGAUGCCGAUUCCAGGACAGAGGUUAGUGAGUUGACCCGGAUGGAGCACCCUGUUAUGACGAGCAGGAUGAGACUAUAAUUAUCAGAUUUGUAAAUACCAAAUGGUGAACAUGAGCUUUAACAAAGAUAAUUGUUUUAGGGCCAGCCUCUGAUAUGAUGAAGUAACAAAACAAGCUAAGAUAAUGAAUUGCAUUCACGAAAGUCUUGCAUCCAUCUAAGAGCAUCCAAGAACCCACAAAUUUGACAUUACAGAGCUCAAUUUUAUAGAUUCACCAGCUUUAAUUAAAUAUAAUAUUUAUCAGUAAAGGGUUAGAGCUGAUAUCUCCUGCAUCCCGGUAGUUUUACUGAACUUACACUGACAGCUGGCACUGCUCUGAUUCUUACAUUGUCCCAAAUAUUAGAUAGAAUGAGAUUAGGUUUGAAGGAAACUUGUCAUUGUCAGGAUUUAGUGUCAAGAUGUGAAAACAGUGGAUGGCAUGAUUUUAUUUAUCAGCAUAUACACCCCUCACUCACAACCACAGCCCCAGCAUGAUAAAAGCUGAGGAGACACAAAGACACAAUAAUGGGACAAGUAAGCAGACAUCAGAGGCUUUAUGAUGUUGAUUUGGGGAAAAAUGGUUAUCGGCACAUCAGAGUCAUUUGGCAGCUCUGUACCAACCAAAGUGUCCCACAGUGUGUCCAAAGACUACAAGCACACAAAGAUUGUCUUCAAUGUGCGUGUGUGACUUUAAUCUGACAGCCUGAAAAAACACUGAAAACAAGAGUUUGUUUUCAAGGCGACGUGCUCGUUUGAUGCAAUGUGUUUGUUUUACUGUCAUUUCCAAUUCAAGUUUGUUUUUCCAUGUCAAAAAGUUGGUCUUCAAAAGUUUGUUUGGUAGAGCUGGGCGGCUCAUUGACUUAGUGGUAGUGCUGGUUGUAGACCAGAUGGAAGAUAGGUAGUCGCCCACAUGCCGAGGGGUCCUUUGGCAGGAAACUUUGCCAGAAACAAAACAAAACACCUAAAAUGUCUCUCACUCUGUUCCUGUCUAGACUAAUCCAUCUUCUAAACUAUGUGCUGUAUUUCAAUCUAGGCAUGCAAACUAUCAAAACUUUUCAUUUUCUUAGCAGUGGCAGCUAAUGUUGUUUACCCACCUUGUGUUUUAUGUGAUUUGUUGACACAAGUGUAGGAGGGAGAGGGAAGGAGUUGGGAGUAGUGGGAGAAAGAUGCUGUCACUUAGAGGGGAGGGUGAGUGACAGAGGUGAAAUUGCAAAGGAGAGGAUGCAAGCCAGCUUCCCACCCUUUCUCCUCCCUCCUCCCUCCCCUUUACUUUUCCUCCAACCUCCUCUCAUUCAGCCAUGUGGUGCCAGCUACUGUAAAUGUGCUCAAUCUCUCCCUCCCUCCCUUUCUUUGAGUCGAUCUGUUCAGUCUGUUUCCCAUGGGUAACUGGAGCAUAUGGAGAGGGGGAUGGAGUGAAAAUAACUUUUUUUUUCUUUUUCUGUGUCUGUGUGCGUUUGUUGUUUGUGUGUGUUUGUGGUGUGUGUUUGUGCGGUUGUAGCCAUGCAUCAGGCCCUGGACACACUGAGCGACAGCACGAGCUCUACGACUGCCAAUGACCUGGACCUCAUCUUCCUCAAAGGCAUCAUGGAGAGCCCAGUGGUGAGAGAGCAACUCGACACUGAACAGUUAAUAUGUAUGAGGAUUUAUGUUUGUUUGUGUGUGUGUGACAUGCAGUCCAGUAUGGUCAAAGCAUUGUAAUUGGAUGGUGCUCAGGGACAGACACACUAAUGGACAAGUCAAUGAAUAAGAGCCUUAGAUAAUAUAAUUAAAUUUCAGCAACAUAACACUACCUGCAUUUGUUUUGAUGCCUGUUGGUGUACCUGCUGCAAAAUCGAGGUUAUGCAAGUACACACGUUUACAUUUUCAAAGUGUUUCUAAAAAGUUGGAGAAACGUCCAAAAUGUUUGUAUUACAGGAAAUGGGAUUAGAAUAUCAUCAUUUGCAUGCGCUUUUCCCCUGCAUUAACAAUCAUAUUCAGUGCCUGACAAUUUAUUCAGAGAUUUGCAUGCGUUAUGAGAAGUUUUAUUGAAAUGAUCUCAUAAAUUGAAGCAUAUUAUUCAAAGCUGUUAUUACAUUUUAAAUUUAAAUCUAAGCCUCCAAUUAUUUUACUAAAAUACUGCUCAAAAUUCUUCAAGCACAAUCACAUUACCAUGUUUACAGUGUUGUUUUGUUGUUUUCUCAUCAGCAGCCUGAGAAAUGGACGAGAUACAAGUUGUUGCAUUUUUUUGGCUCUUUGAUUUGUAUGCACAAAGACUCGAGUGUAAAGCAUCAAGAUGUGACUUCUCUCUGAGUCGAAUAUUAAUGUUUUUUAUUUCUUUUUUUUAACCUAGUGGUGCAGAUUUCAGAGGCUUAAAGCACUCUAAUGGCUUGGCUCUUUCACACAUCUCCCAGCUGUGAUAAAUACCUGAUUCUGAUUUGUCAAAACCCCAGAACAACACUGAUUAAUUCUGUAUAGCCUGAUCUCCAUCAGGGACAACUACAGAAAGCAGUUUGAUCAAACACUGCGGCAAACACAUCACAAAAAACGGUUGGCGCUAUGAAGAAAAAAUACAAUUCCCAUGCCUAAAGGAAUGCUAAUUUGUAUUACCACCAGCCAACUUUACAUUAUGACUUUAAAAGCAUUACAAUAAAAAGCAUGAUGAGACUUUUACAUGAAGUUUAAACUUGGAAACAGAUGAGACAAAAAGCUGCUGUGUUUCCUUGCUUACAUUCAGACUCUCCCUGUUAAAGCUUUGCUGGACUUGAUGAUGGAUGUAUUAUUGAUAAAGUGGACGGCAGAGAGGUAAUGCUGAUAGGGAUGCUGUACACACCAGAAUAUAUAAUACACUGCUGUUUGUGGCUUAGUGAAUAUAUUGGUGUAUGGUUAGAGCAGAUAGCCAAAGUUUAGAGAACAGUGUAGUGAAAUUUCACUUGCACAGACAGAGGUUGUGUUAUUAAAAACAUUUGAAAAGUUUUUCACUUUGAAUAAAAAUACCUGCCAUUGUGUUUGCUUUGCGACUGGCAUAAAGCUUUCUUUUUUAAGUAGAGCCAUGCACAAAACCCAUUUUUCUUUUUGAAAGACUGUAAAAAAUUUUCCACUGUUUCCCUGCUGUCAGUCAUUUUAACAAGGCAACACAACAUCUCCACUGCCAAUCACAGAGAAAGAUUGAAAUAGCAGACAGUGAGCAGCACAGGACCCGUGACAUUUCUGACAAGUUGACAAGUGCAGGUGGAGCAGCAGAACACCUGAUCAAUGGAGGAUCCAGGAAUGAACGACAGCCAUAAUGUUAAACGUAUUAGAUAGAAAAAACCCUCCUGAACGUUCAAGCUGAGGGCUUGAUGCAAAUGUACAGGCUUGUAUUGAACGGGGCUGUCAUAUAUUUUUAAAGAUGUACUUUAGCCUUUAUUUGACAGGACAGGACAGUGAAUGGAGCAGGAAAUGGGGAAAGAGAGACAUGCAGGAAAGGAGCUACAAGCUGGAAUUGAACCUGGGUGGCUUUAUGGGGCCCUAGUCAGUUCCAUUUUUUACUCUUCAUCACAGGUUUGUAACUGAAUCAAAUUAAAUAAUUAAGUGGCAGAUUUUCAAAAGAUGACCCAUAAAAAAAUGUAGGUCAUCUGAACCACACUGAACCACAGGUUUUGCAAAUCAAGGUUGUUUUUCCAAGGCUAUGGGUCUUUCAUUCAAGCAAACUCUGUUAUUAAUCUGCUGUAGUCAACAAAAAAAUAGUUUACACUAGAGCUCCCGUGAGGCCCUUUCUGGUUUUGAUGAUACAGGUGACCCCCUGUGUGGAGCAGGUUGACACUUCGUUGAUCUUGUCCUUCACUUGUGAAAGCAGAGACUAAAAUCUCUCCUUUUUUAUGAAUGCCUGACAUGCUGAACUCAAUGAAGGUUUUAAAAAGGCUUUUUGGCAACAUGCUGUUGAGCUCAUCAUCUGAUACCUGUCCUUGACGGGAAUGACAGCCGUAUAAAAUAACAUUGAUUUAAUCAGUCUUCUCUCUGGUGGCUUUUGUUGGUGGGUUGAUGUCAUCAAAGACAGGCAUUUGCAGCAUUUUGGCAUGGGAAGCAGCAAUUUGCUCUUUUCACUUAGUCAAGUAAGCAAGCUUUUGACUCAGAAUCAAAAUAUUAUUGGCAUUAAAAUGUCUUUGUAUUUGGCUGUCAGUUGUCAGAAUCAAUAUUCUAACCAUGGACUCAGGUUAUACCAUUCAACGCUGUUUUAGAGCCACAUGGGUUGUCCCCAAAAAAGGUGAUCGUGUUGACAUUCAACAAACAGGAUCCCUGAAAAUGCAACAAAGUUCAUUUUUGUAUCAUAACGUUUCAAUGAACUCCUCAGCCAUGAAAAACUCAAGGCAUCUGCAAGAGACUCCUAGAGAUUCAGCUGGAGGUCAACAGUUUAAAGGGUCACACUUUACACCGAAACACCGACACUGUGCCUCUGAGACAUUAAACCAGUCGACUGUAUCCAGCCUCAGUUUAACCAGGUUUUGAUUGAAAAUAAAUGAUAUUAACUGUUAAUUCUGAACCCAAUGGCCCUUAAGUUGGUGCAGAGUCCUGAUUAUGAAAAAGUAAGUUGGUUUUUCAGGGCCGAUACUGGUUCAGGUAGCAAUCAUGGCAUACAGCGAUUAUUUCCCUCACAUACCUUGAUGAAAUAUUGUACUCUAAAACAGAUUAAUUUUCUGGAUAAAAUUCACAUCUUCUCUUGUGUUGGAUUGGAAGCAGUAUUCUUGGUUUGAUGCCACUCCUUAAUUAGUUUUCGAAUAGCCUCUUUUGGUAGUUUUUAGCAUGUCAAAGCUGAAAAUAUCCACUAAGAGUUUUUAGUAUCAACCAAAGGUGCUCCACAAGGAUCACUUCUGAGCUCUGUAUUAUUUUUCAUUCAUAGAAUAAUGCCAUUUCUUUGAUAACUUAACAUAAUAUAUGUUGUUAGGCAGACGAUACUGUUCUGUUACUCUGUAUCUGAUCAUGUUCAAUACCAAAGAUAAUGAGAAACAAACAGGCAUAUUUUUUUUUCUUCAUGAAACUUCAACUGAUUCCUAAAAAGUAUACUUUCUGCAGAACUAACUUUGUAGAAAAAGUUUUUUUUAGUUUUCCUUGUGCAAAGCUGAUCUUAUGAAGCAACUCCCAGUAGCUCUCUACGCUCACGUGGUGGAAACUGGUUUUGCUCUGGCAGAGUGACGCUUUUUGAUGUGGAGGAAGAAGAGUGAAGGAGCUCAAGAGUGACAAAGUCUUUUUAGAGUUUCAUCCCACUGUGUCUCCUGUUCUUUUCUUUUGCUGAAGUCUCCCACUUUCACUUCUUCUUGCCAAGAGCAAAAUUUCACAAACCUUUUUAAAGUGUGUGCAAGAGAAGGAAAAAGUACUUUGCUGUGCACUGCAAACGUAUGCAAGCUAAACCACAGAGGCAGUCAUAUCCUGAGAUUCAUCCUUUUUCUUUAUGCUGUCAACAGUCAUUAGUAUGGAUUACCACAUUUAUCUCUCCAGCAUUUACUCUGCACAGUCAGUGUAAGCUGAACUGUGCCGAGGUGGAUGCUGUGGCCAUGAGGUUUCUUUGUCCGUGGAGAUGCAUUAGUCUGUGGGCAGAUUCUGAAACUCGGGCAGAGCCAGAGGUAAAAAGCUGUGUGGACUGCUUCAGUAAUUCAGAGGCUGCCCUGUUCAGGAAAUGUGGAGAUGGACUAUCCACAGAGAGCAGCAGGGAGUACUGCAUCAAAAGCCUCCGAUAUUUCUGAACACAGAGCUGCUUCAGCUCCCCUCUAGACCCAUUCCUCAUACUGUACUUGGUUUCCUUUCACUAAAGACGGAUUGAUUUCCUAUGUAUGAGUUAGCUUGUCUGAGGGCGCUUGGUGGUACCAGUGUAUUGAUGAGCACUCUCAUAAAAGAUCUGCUGAUGCAAGCUUUGGGUAAAGACACCUCACUGAACGAUGUGUGAAAGACUUUAAGAUGAUAGCCUCUCUUGACCCUUAAGGAGGAUCUAUAAACCCUUCAUAUUGGUCAGACUGAGAGUAGGAAUAGCAGAAUAAGGUAAAUCAUAUAGUGAGCACCACACUUGCUACUAAAUGAUACAAUCAGCCUGCUCCUCCCUUCUAUGAUAAAUGUGAAUCAUGAUUGGUUGACAAAGAGAGUUAAAGAAAAAGAGCGUUUCAGACUGCAGUACUGAUUCAGUGUUUGACUCUUUAUCGAACUGAACAAUUACGACUGUGGAGGAAUUGAGGACAGCCAAGUAAGCAGACACUUGCUUUAAUACAUCAAACUAUAAUGCUUUUACUUUCAAAAUUAACCUCUGUCUCACCCUGUGAUGAUGCCCCGUAGUCUUAGUGAAAUUGUGCCAUGAGGCCUAUUAGGGAAGGAAUAGUGUAUAAUGAGUGGGUGGUUAUGCAUAUUAGAAUCCCGACAGGGUGAACAGGACCCUGAAGCGAAGCAGAUGGGUCUUGUCUCACUCUGAGGGGAUUAGCAUUUGCAUAACCACCCCUUUACUGCACAUGACCCAGCUUAUUACCUAGCUACCAACUUAAGCAGUACCAGAGUUGUACUCACUAGCUCCUCUGCUGUAGCCUUGAAAGCAGGACAGAGUCUUGCUCUACUUUUUCCUUUUAGAGAUAGUUGCUCCUCAGGCUGCUCUCGCAUCUGUGUGCAGUUAUUAUCACCAUUUCUUGAUCUCAAGACCAGCCUAAGACAGCACAAUAGGACUGUGUGAUGUUGAAAGCAAACUAAAGUAUAUUUUUUUCCUGUUUAAAUAUGAUAAAUACUGGAAUUUAAACCAGAUGUCUUUUUUGUGGUUAUAAACAGGAUAACACUAUACAUAAUUUGGAUCUUUCAGUCCAUUUGUUUAUUUCAAAUCGAAUCAUAUAACAGUGUCCAGCCUUCUGACAGCAGCUUUGUCACAGCAUGGAGAAGUAGAGAGUGAAGGGGAAAAGGGGGAAAAGGGGAGAGCAAACACAUCACUACAUACAUAAACCGCACUGAUAAACACUGACUCACCUGGACUAAAAAACACAUUUCUGCUGAUGUUAGAAUAAUUGUUUAAUCAGCAUCUAUUUAAAUGAAGACUCACUGUCUUCUGCGUAUGAUUUCCAUAAUGUACAUGCACUGCAGGAGGAGGCGCUGAAAGUAAACACCCUGUGGUCCUGUUGGUUUAGCAGUCCACACGUUUGCCCAAAAGUUAACAAGCACUGAGAUGUGAGGAAAAACACUGUUUGAUAAUCCAUCUCACUUGAUCAAGCUUUUUGCAUGUAUCUGUGAUAGUAGCAGUGUUGUGACUCGCGCGCCUGUGUUUUCACGUACAUAAACACACACUGCCUGCACAAGAGUCAGUUUCUUGUGAAGUGGUGACAUGCAGAAUUAUUUUUGUCCCCGGCAACAUUUGGCUGUUGAGAAAUACACUGUUCUUCUGGGAAUUGACUGAUCAGAAUUAAGUACAACCAGAAAAUACUUAUUAAAGAAAUACUGCCUGGCUGUCAGAAUGAGAAUUUAAGCAUCUUUAAGCAAAUAUGUGUUUAUAUUUACUCUGCACUUGCACUGUGAGGCUCCUGGCAAGUUAUAUUCAAAACAAUUAUACAGUAGAAUGUACAAGACAAAAGGCCAUCGUAGAAACCUGCUCUUAAUUCUGUCUGCUGUCAAAAUAAACACACCCCUCAGGAAAGUAAAUGGUAAUGUCCACAGCACUGAGAACCCUACAGUUAUACUGCGCAGUGUCCAUGCGGUGAUGUUGACCCAGAGCCAGACACUGACAGCUCGCUCCAUCAGGUUACACAGAAUCCUGCCAGAACAGCAAUUGAGCGAAGCCCUGCUGCUGUUUCACUGCACAGGACUAAAGAUCUCCCUCCCUGUAUGUUAGUCCAUGUGCAAAUGAUUCGAUGUGUGUGUGCAGUGCUUUUACCCCCUGUGUGUGCACUUAUGUGUGUGUGCAAAAGUACACAACGGUUUUUGUGCAAGACCGUUUACAUGUCGUCACUUGUUAGUAUCUGUUUGUGUGUAUGUGAGUGCUGUAUCCUGUCCCUCGGCGGGAUGCUUCCUCUCUUCCUCAGAAAACAAACAAUGUGGCUGCCAGAACAGUCCCAGCAGAGGAAUCCUCCGAGGGAUCGCCUGACAAUGGGAAAGUUAGAAUUAAGACUGCUCGGGGUGCAGUGUCAGUGUCAAGUAAUGCCACUAUAUGAAAUUAAAAACACAUGUUAAUAGAGUUGCCUGUUUCAAUUUUUAUUUCAAUUAUUUGUACAGAAUUGGUGCCUUUUUGUGGAAUUCAUUGGUUUUUAUAAGUUCAAAGAUAUUUAUAAGUGGUGGUCUAUUAUCGAUUGACAGAUGUUUUACACAAAACAUGAAAAAUAACAACUGAUAUGCAGCAGCCAGAUAAAACUUAUCCAAAAUGCACCAGAUGGAAAAUAAUCCUUUUUUCAUUUCAUGAUAUCUCUGCCCUCGACCAGAGAGGUGGAAUUCAUGCCCGAUACUUGCUGAACCGUGGCAGCAGAGGAGGAGAAAGUAAAAAAUAAAUCUCCCCUGAAAUAUUGAUGUUUAGUAGCAACACCAAAAAGAUCCUAGGGCACAAAGUUCGGCUAAUGUUUGCUCUUAGUUUUCUUAGUUUUCAAGCCUGUUUGAAAAGAUUUAUGAGUACAGGCUGUCUGUUUUUCUCAGCAAGAGUUGCAGUUUGUUAUCACGUCCUUUUCUGUAUCCCUGAAUGAAAACAAAUAGAAAAGAUUUAUUAUAACUCAGCUUGGUGCUUCAGCUGCCCACGGGGAAGGAUGAUAAAAGAUCUAAAUGUUAUCAAUUUCUUUUCACAGCAAGAACCUUUUGAAAUAAACACUUUAACAGAUCAUCUGGUGUCAUAUUUAUUAUAUUCCAGGCUCAUGAGCAGUUUGAGGAACCCAAGCUGGAGGCUGUGCGGGAGAACAACGUGGAGCUAGUCCAGGACAUCCUGAAGGAGCUGAGCCCACUUGCACACAGGAGCCAGGCGGCCGAUGAGCUGGUCCGCAUCCUGAAGGAGCCUCACUUUCAGGUUAGGAGAACAAGCCUCACAGCUCACUGCAAGCUCUAGCCUUGAUUAAAAGGCACUCAGGCUAAAAACCUUUGAUUACUUUUUCAAAGUGAUGUUCAUGCUUAAUGAUGCAUGCUGUGCUAGCAUGGAUUAAAUCGAUUUGGAGCUCCGGAAGAUUAUGUUUCAGUCCACGCACUAUCUGACAUGUACACCUGUUUUGUGCUGUACUGCACAAGUCAAUGUUAUGGGCUCUUGUGAGGAAAAAAAAAGCUUUUCCUGUUGUUUGUUUCACCUGCUUUUUGGCUUACAGUCCCUCCUGGAGACCCAUGACUCUGUGGCUUCCAAAAACUAUGAGACCCCUCCACCCAGCCCCUGCUCCUUCAUGGAUGCAGCCCUCAACAACCAGCCUGUUCCUCCAGAUGCAGUCAGGAUGGUGGGAAUAAGAAAAGUGUCUGGAGAGCACCUGGUGAGUCUGCACAGUAAGCCAUUGUAAUCACUAAGGCGGGAUAGAGUCCUCUUGUAAACUCUGAAGAGAUAAAAUUCAGCCAUAAAAAAUCUGAUUUGUGUUUUCGGAGCCGUGAGUGCACUCAGUAUAAUGGGAUCUUUUUGUGGCAUUGUUAAAAAGAGGAACACGUUGGAUUUGCGCUGCUGUAGUUCAAAAUAAGGUUGACAUGUUGUCGUUAAAUACUGAGCGCUCAGAAAUAUCUCUAUCAGGUGCUCGUUUGUCUCACUUUCUACCGCAAAGUCUCUGCAAACUGUUAAGUUAUUCAAAGCUCUCUGUGGGGGUACUUGAGGUGUUCACUUUAAGUGUGCUGCCUACCUGUAAGAAGUUACAGAUCCAACAAAAUGGAACUUUUUAUAAUGAGCACAAACAAACUGAAAGUGGGGAAAGUAACUAGCAAUGAAUGGCCAUGCUAGAUCUGUUUAAAAAAAGGCAGACUGUCUUAAAAUCAUGUGAUCAUGACUGUGAGAAGCUGAUGUGACCUCCUGGUGAGGUGAGGCUAAUGAAGAAGUGCCUCAAUCUUUUGAUACAUUGUUUACUUAAACUUGUGUCUUAAAGGGAGUAACAUUUCGAGUGGAAAGCGGCGAGCUGGUGAUCGCCAGAAUCCUCCACGGCGGCAUGAUUGACCAGCAGGGUCUACUCCACGUGGGCGACAUCAUCAAGGAGGUAAACGGCAAGGAGGUGGGCAACGACCCCAAAGUGCUGCAGGAGAUGCUGAAGGAGGCAAGUGGCAGCGUGGUGCUGAAGAUCCUGCCCAGCUACCAGGAGCCACACACACCCAGACAGGUGAGCACAGGCAGCUGAAUCUUACACUCUUUAAAAAGUUCACUUCUGAUCCUGUGGUGUAUAUUGUACCAAACUUUAUUAUUACUUUGAAAGGACACUGUCAUUUUUAUCAGUUAAAGUGGCACUCGCUGUCCUCCGCUCAUCCCUCUUACGUCUGUAACCUUGUUUGCUGUGCCAGGAAUCAUAUAUCUGAUCUACAGAGGGACUUUGUAGAUGACAUUGGCUACUUGGCUGUGGUACCAACAUUACAAUUUUGUCACUUAUCCAAAUGCAGAGUCAUUUUUCUGCUCAUACAUAAUGGAUCAAUAACUCAAGUCUACCCCCUACAAGAGAUAAAAAAGAGUGACUCCACAAACGGCUCAUGACACUGCAGUCCUUGUCAGUUUUUCUCCACUCAAGAUCUUCCUCAUGACAGUGAAACUCCUAUCAGAUUAUCAGGUUUUUGGAGAUCAAUAUUUGUUGUAAAAAGUCAGGAUAGUGUUUUAUAGCAGCUUAAAAAACACUCGGUGAAAAAUUCUUGGAGUGGUUGUGGAUCUCUAAGGGGUUUAACUGGCUAAUGAACACCAGCUUUCCAAGAGCCGCAGGAGGCCAGUCAGACUGAAAAUGUGACCCAGUUUACUGUGAGGGUUAUCUUGGCAGUGUGAUUGGUAGAUACAGCAAACCAGCAUGUACGGCAAGAGCAGUGCGAGGCACGAGGCGCUGUGACUGAUCGCUCUCAGCAGAAGAAGAGAGGAACACUAGGACUGGAAGGAGCCAUGCCAAAUGAAUUCACUGCACCAGGCUGAAAUAUACUGGAACAUAAUCUUCAAGAAAAUGAUGUAGAGAGGGUUGAUGUGCUUAAAACAUGAGCAGAGAAAAAAAAACAUGCAUUCCAGGCAUAUUGUCGCAUAUUUGCUGAAAAAUUGAAUCUCCAAAAUGGUGCUACUUUGAAUGGAUCAAAUUUUGUAAUCUCUGAAAGAGUCAGAGGAUGUCCUCCGCUGACUUCAGUGAACCUUUGACUUUUCCAGGUCAGGGUUUCCCCAGGAGAGAUCUGUUUGCCUGGUGGUAAGCAAGUUUUUAGAGAGCUGGAGGCCCAGUGUGCUGUCAGCUUGUGGUGUUUGAAAGCACGGACUGUUAACAAGCGCUCUUUACAGAGGGAGGGGAAAGAACACAGAUGUGUGACCCACUGUUUACCCAGGGCCAAUUCAUGUCUUAAUGAGGAGUUUCUGCUAACCUCUUCCUUCCCCUCUCUGAGUUAACCAUUUAUAAUUACUCAAACAGCAAUUAUGUAAGAAUCAUGCAGAUGAUAUAUCAAUGUGGGGGGUUUCUUUUUUUACCUUUUCUUGUUGCACAAUGGAGUGGUAACUUUAAUUCUCCUUUGCUUAAUGCCUUAAUGAGUUAAAUAAUUAUCAUUAAUGUUAUAAGAGAAAGCAGAAUAGUAAUAAUCGUAAGUAUGGACCGCUGACCGGUGAUCCUCAAGGGAAUGAGAUAGAGAUCUGGGAUCAAGACUAAUGCACCCUAUUUCGUGUACCCUGAGUUCAGCAGUACUGGAAUGAAAUCUCUACUAAGUUGCAUUCAAAAGUUAUGGGCAAUUUAAACAAUCCCGUUGAAUGGGAUUGUCUGGGGCUGCUACCCUUUAUAGCAAAAUCGGACACAGUUUUUCCAAGUGUUUAGGGUUAUGUUUAGGUUCAGGGUUCAGGGUUAGGGUUAAAAUCACUGCCCAGGACCUAUUUAGGAGCACAUUUAAAAAAAAAAUUGUGUUAGGAUUACGUUAGGGUAAAGGGGUUUUAACCACAAUCGCCGACCGGUGAUCCCCAGCGAUCCUCAAGGGAACAUUUGAAUUUGUGGUUGUAGUUACUGAUGAGGCAGCAGAACUCGAUGUGUUAGGGAUAAGUAUGUCACUCUCAUUUCUUUUGUCCCCAUUUCUGUUAUAAAACUGUUCAAGUCAAUUCUGACUAAAUCUUCAUUUUAAUGUUCCACUUAAUUGAUUUGACUAAAACAACACAAGACGAAAUAAUAUCACUAAAAUCAGCAUCAAUUUAAAAAUGACAGAGACUCUUACUACUUUAAAAUCUGCUGUCAAAAUUAACACUAGCUCCUACCAGCCUGUUGCAACACACUUAAAUGAUUGAAUAUGACAUGAGUGCUGCCUCUUUGAAGGUACUAGUAGUGUCAAAUCAGAUUUCAAAGAGAGCCCUCAUAACUCCUGGUCUCCCAUUUUGAUAAGCCUCUGCCGAGGAAGAAGAGGCCAAGUAGAGAGGUUGUGAUGCAGUGGCAGAAAUCAAGGCUGAGCUUAUUCUAUGUUCCUGUUUGCAAUGUUUCCUCUAGAACCAUCAUCAUCAUCAGGUAAACCAUUCGCUUGUCUGUUGAGUUAAUGACUAAUUUGUUCCAUUAGCCUCAGCAGUGCUUGAUACCAUUUGAUCUUCUGCAAAUGAUACCAUGCUGGCACACUAAACUGAGAAGCGAAAUAAUUAAAACCACUGCUGAAAAAUUUUGAUGUUAACAGUGUUAUGUUGGGCAUGUUUCCAGACCGGCAUUUGCAUUUAGCUCUGAGCAGCUAGCAAGACUGCAGACUCUUGUUACAAUAUUCUGUUGGCUUUAAAUUAGCACAACAGAUCAGAGCAAACACAUGCAAAAUACCAGACUCAAAUUGGCAGGUUUACACAAGAAAUUAGUAAUUUACAUCUUAAGAGAAAAAAAAAAGAUUUUUUUUCCUCACUUUGCUCUGGUGAAACCUCUGAAGUGUAGCAACCUAUCUGGCAGAAAUCCUCCAAAAUUGCUUUCAUGUUAAAGAACUUCAUAUCCCUCCAUUUCUAAGGGUUAUUCACUAAAAGGAGUGGGUUCUGAGUCACAGCUCUUUCCAACAUUUCAAAAAGAUGCCGGCUUUUCUGUGGGAAGACAUUUCUACAGUAAAUUGUCUGGAGAUCCUUGGCUCUGUGAAACCAGAGAGCACGAGUGUUUGGUUUUCAUUUUCAGUGGCAUCAGCUCUGGAUAUCAAAGUGCCUACUCCAACACUUAACAGCGGCUGUCUGUCAGAGAUCUUAAAGAAUGAUUUGACUGUGGUUCCACUUUAAGGAGUUGUGUAGGUGGAUGUUGUAUAGUUUGAGGAGAUGCAGUGAUUAGAGUUGUUCCCCAAAGUUCUCUCUGAAUGUGAUCCAGCUGUCUCUGUUUCACGCCUUGGGCCUGGUCAUCGCAUGGUGACUAAACUCAGCUGACAGCUCCCUUUGGCCACUUGAGACUCAGAGUGUGUGUAUGAGUGUGUGCUUGUGCCUAUUGUGUCUUCACACACACACACACACACAUGCGUGCACACAGACACACACUGUACAGUAAGGGCUGACAGUCUUUUUUAUUUCCAUGCAUCAGUUCAGUACGAGAAAAGUGUCAAGUGCAGCUAGGGGGAGGGGAUGGUUGCCAUGGCUACAGAUUUUGUCUCUCUCCCUCAUUCUCUCUCUCUCUCCCUCUUUAUUUCUGCCUCUCUCUUCCUUUCCCUCCCUCUCUUCCUGUCUGUCUGUCUGUCUUUCAGCCUCCUUGUCCUGUCAGUGGGGGUUGGGAUGCACAGUUUAGUUUAAGCGCUGAAUCCCUGAAAUGUCGGGAAAGUGAGCAAAGAGAUGGAGUGGUGUUCAAAUGUUCAAGGUUGUUGUGUAGUGAUUGACAUACAUUCACUUAAUUCAUCAAUAAUGAUGUACUUUUCAUACACCGCAGCCCUGGCAGGUUAAGUUUACAUCUCCAGCUGGUUAAUUUAGCUUAAUGUGUAUUUUUCUGCAGUUUUACUGACAUAUUUACUCUUCUUUGUCUCCCUUUAUCUCUGUUCAGGCCUUUGUUAAAUGUCACUUUGACUACGAUCCAUCCCAUGAUAACCUGAUCCCCUGUAAGGAAGCAGGGCUCAGCUUUAACAGCGGUGAUAUUCUGCAGAUUUUCAACCAGGAGGACCUCAACUGGUGGCAGGUCAGCUCAAGUGCCGACCACAAAUGCAAAUAUUCAUCUUUUUUGUGUGUCAGUUAUGAUCUUGCGUUCUCAUUCUUUUGUAAUGUGCAUGAUCCUCCCCACAGGCCUGUCACAUAGAGGGAGGCAGCGCAGGUCUGAUACCCAGCCAGCUGCUCGAGGAGAAGAGAAAAGCGUUUGUGAAGAGAGAUCUAGAGCUCACUACCGCAGGUACACACCUCUCAGCAGCACACGGGCAAAGCAAGCGAAGCACCUCUCAUUAUGUAGAUUCGACACAGGGCUCCUCACCACACAAACACACGGGCAACAAAGACAACAUCUGUUCCUCUCCAUAUCAUACAAGCGUUUCAUCUCCCCCCUUUCACCUCUCCAGUCUGUCAGUGAGCAUUGGAGAGCUGGUAAUGAGCAGCGGGGUGACUCAGGCACCAAGAUCCAAUCUACUGGUUAUUAUGCUGCAGGGCCUGAUAUUCACAAACCACCCGACUCAAGAAGGAUUCAGAAGUGUUGAUAAGGUUCACCUGAUCAAUAAUCAUCUCCUAUCUUAUGAGACGUGGCCUAAACCACAAAGCUGUGUUCAGUUAGAUAUAUCUGAGCCCUCGGGAGGAACAAAACAGGUGGUGAGUCACAGCCGCAUGCCCUUCACUUUAGGAGGAGAGGAAGAUGACAGCCCAAAUGUUCUGCCCUUGGAGCCUGUGGAGGACACAGCUGUCUGCUAGCAUGCUUUACACAUAAAAUACCAGCUCAGUGCACGGUCUGAAUAAAGAUUUGAACAACUUGAUAUUUAAACGCAAGGUCCAAAAUUGUUGAUUCAGGACUUAAACUAGAGAAAUGUCUGCAAGAGGCAACCUGACCACAUGAUGCAAAUAUAAUACCUGCGACACCAGCUUGAAGAGUACCGCAUAAAUGAAAUAUCUUUGCGCAUGUAUGCUCUCCUGUUUGUGCAAAGACAAUAUUCUCCCUUGGUGGCUUUAUAAACAGCCAUAUUGAGCAGCAGAUCCCUAGUCACAGGUGUUCUUUGGCCAGACUGGUUGUAUACACUGAGCAAUAUUGGUCCACACUGCCCCCUAGUGGUCCUGCUUCCUUAUAACCAUCAAAGACUUUGGAUUUAUGACCUGGCUGUUGUUUUGAAGCCACUUUACUUUCAUUUUAGCAUCAUUUGAACAGUGGUUACAGGGAGACAUGCCAGGUUGAAGGUUUUAUCUUGUUUUGUGUGUUUCUGUCCCUGUAAGGUCCUCUAUGUGCCGGGAUGGGGGGCAAGAAGAAAAAGAAGAUGAUGUAUCUGACCACGAAGAAUGCAGGUACUUUGAACUAACCACUCUCUCUGCAACAUGAUCUUUAUCUUUAUGCUUCGUGGAUUCAUUUGCUAAAGGAACUGUUCUCUGAACAGAAUUCGAUCGCCAUGAGUUGAGGAUAUAUGAAGAAGUUGCCAAAGUCCCGCCCUUCAGGAGGAAGACACUGGUUCUGAUUGGUGCACAAGGGGUUGGCCGUCGCAGUCUGAAAAACAAGCUGCUGGUGUCAGAUCCUCAGCGAUAUGGCACCACCAUCCCCUGUGAGUGCACCCUUUUAUGGUCUCACCUAAAGACAUUACAGCAGAGGGUUUGCAAUGAUAUCACUCACACCCCUACUGAGUCAUAACCCCCCAAGUCUGUAGAUACUACAGUUAAUCCUACAAUAUAAUUUCACACAAAUAUCUAAUACUCCUGACACAAAAUGCUAACCAAAAACCCUCUAUUCAGUUCCAGUUGUUUCUCUGAAUUGCAGCGGUCCAUUUGCCUCUCUUUUCUUAAGAUAUUUGUAGUCUGUUAAAAAAGAUCUCAGACUUUUUGUUGAUGCUUGUGAGUCAAUCACACAACACAUCUUCUACAUUUUCGGAGUCUUUGUAUUUUAACGUCAAUUUAGACAAUAAGUACAUACUUUUUGCCUCCAGUUGGUGUAGUGACGAGGAGCUCCCUCCUUCAGCGUCAUCAUGUGUAUAAACUCUUCAGAAAUGGCAUCCUUUCUUACUGUCUUGUGCUAAUGGUGAGUGUCUAUUCUCACUGUAAAUGAGUUUUUUCUCCCUCUUUUUAUCCUCCAGUCACCUCCAGGAAACCGAAAGUGGAUGAGCGGGAUGGCCAAAUGUACUCUUUCAUGACACGCAGCGAGAUGGAGUGUGACAUCAAAAAUGCUCGUUUCUUGGAGCACGGGGAGUACGACGGUAACCUGUACGGUACUAAAAUCAACUCUAUACACGAAGUGAUAGAAACAGGAAAGAUCUGCAUCCUGGAUGUCAACCCACAGGUAGAUGAGGCUCAUAUGACUUUUAGCCUGUCUUUCUUUUGUUCCUCUCACGUUUGAACCUACAUCCACAACAUUGUCGUGUUUUCAAUAUAGUAGCGUGGGUUUGAAACAUUCUUCUUUCCAGACAAUUAUGCACAGCUUGAUGCUCUUGAAGUGUUUCCAGGCUGAGCACAUCAUCAAUAUUUAUCAAUAAGGAUCUCUUAAUGACGUGCAUUACAUGCUGGAAACACUCAGCUAAUCUUAUUCACACACAUUAGCUUGAUAAAUUUGUCCGUUCGAGACACUGUCGUUGCAUUUUAAUUACAUUCUCAGCUUUAUAAUUGUAUGCAAGUUCCAGCUUUUCUUUCUGCUCAGUGCUGCAGUGAUGUUAAAAAGUCUCUAUGGGUUUUGUGCUUUUCUCUGCAGGCUCUCAAAGUCCUGAGGACGUCAGAGUUCCUGCCCUAUGUUGUCUUCAUCGAAGCUCCAGAUUUUGAGGUUCUCAAAGCUAUGAACAGAUCAGCUAUUGAGUCAGGAGUGGUAACGAAACAGUUAACGGUGAGCGUGUGUUGCCUGAAAAAUCUAUUGUCCCAUAUUGUCAAAUAGACCUUUCUGAGGUUUUGACCCAUUUUGGUUGUUUUACAGAAGAAUACAUAUAAGGAAAAGGUUAUACAUGCUUUCCUUUCAUCUCAUUUGCACAUGUCGGCUGCAAAUCUCUGUGAACCUCAGUCAAGGGAGCACUUACCUUUAGACUGUUAAUGAACCAAGCUACAGCCCCAAAUAUUCAGACAAGGUCCUUUCAUUUAAUCCAGAGUCCAGGCUAAAGACAAUUGAUGUCUCAUCUUGUAUUACAUACCCCCUAAAAUCCGCCUUUAUAAACAGUCAUAUUUCAGCCUUUAUCUCUGCUGAUAUUUGAGUUGUUGCUGGUAUAGAUAUUGUCAUACCUCACAUUGUUUUAUUGUUUGCUUUUUUUUCUUGUUGUUGUUCUGUGUGGAAGCCAUCUGUGAUUUUUGUUAUAUUUUCUUAAAUGUGAUACAAGUUGAAUCUUCUUUUAAGUUAAUUUUUUUCAGCUUUUGCUGUUAUUUAAUAGGACAGCUUGACAUUGACAGAGAGAGACAGAAAUAACAUCCACUAAAUCACAGAGAAAUCAGUCCUGCAGCACGUGUAACUCUGGCUGUAGCCUCUGUACAUUUGGCGCCUGCUCCAUCGACUAAGCUGUACCAGUGCCCUAGAAAUAAAGUUGAUUUUUCACAUAUUACUGUUUCUGCUGAUAUAAAUUGACAGUCCAAAUGUACAGUUAGGCUGUGUGAUUUUACUCUCCCAUUCUCCCAUUUACAGUCCCUUAACUUCAAGCCUCCCCCUCAGAUCACUUCAUCUUUUGCUGUUUCUCUUUUUGAUCUUAUUUGGAUUAGUGAUUAGAUGUGCACAGCCGUGUUUCCAUCCUGACUGAUAGUUUCUGUGCUAGCAAUAUAUCAUUAGAGGGGAGAAAAACCCUGAUGCAUGCAUUAAUAUUCUUAUUUUUAAUGAUGUAUUCUCAUUAAAUUUACUCUAGAUAUGUGACAUAAAAACCUUAAAGAUUGCACCGACUAUAACAGAAUCCACCUGAAGACUUUAUGCUGAACCUUAAAGUAGUGAGACAAAAAUGCAACCCAGGAAAGUUCAUUGUGUUUGUAAUUAGAAAACCUGUUGUGUUUGAUUUACUGAGCAUUAAGGGGCUCUAACAGGAAAGUUGCAUUUCUUCUGUUUAAAUUAUGCAAACUCAUUAGACUUCAAUGUUUACUCGGUUCUUCCAUUCAAAUACUUUUCUUUCAUUGCUUCUGUUUUUACCUUAUCGUCUCAUUGUCCUACCUCUCUCUCUCUCUCUCUCUCUACAGGACUCUGAACUAAAGAGGACGGUGGACGAGAGCGAGCGCACCAAGCGAGCUUAUGGACAUUAUUUUGACCUCUGCAUUGUAAACGACGGUCUGGAGGCGGCGUUCAGAAGUCUUCGGUUAGCGCUGGAGAAACUGUUGACGGAGCAGCAGUGGGUCCCUGUCAGCUGGGUGUUCUGAGAGUCAACUAAAGGGUCACCAGCCAGGGUGCCGGGGCCUCGGAUCUGAGGAUGGUGAAACACUGGAAGCUCUAGAUGGGCUUCCUCCAUGCAGCUGGUGUUGGUGGACGUAUAUAGUGAAGGGCCAAGCAUCAUGAGUCAGUGCAAAUGACCAGCCUCAUGUAGAGCAUUUUGUACAAACUUAGUGUCCCUCUGUUGAGCCUGUGUUUUAUUUUUAAAUUAUUUUAUUGAUAUUUGUCGAGAAGGAUUUAGAGUCGAUUCUAAAGGUUUAGUGCAAUAGUAUGAGCGAGCGUGUGUCUGUUAUUAGUAUGUGGAACUAGACUUAGAAAAGAAAAAAAUAUAUUUGGCAGGUAAAGGUGCUCUAUUGAAGGUUUUCUUUCAAAGGAUAUUAAACUUUUUAGCCUUUCCUACUUUAUGUAGUGUAAUGUUUACAUUUGACUGGUAGGACAGAUUGGUUAGGGAACGAUACCAAAUGUCAUAUUUGUAUUAAAUUCUCUAUAUUUUACCAUUUAAUCAUGCAGUAUGAUUGUAUGUGUUAAGAAAUGUGCUUUACCUUGUAUGUCUACACUUAUUUCAAAACUGAACAGCAAUAGAUAGUUUUGAAGAAAAACAUAUACUUGCAAUACAUGCGCGCACACACUCAAAUGAUGAUAUAUACAGUAUGUAACACAAAGAGAGCAGUGGAAACUGUAACAUUAAGAUGUUUUGCAUUCAUCCUGAGGUCUACGAUUUAUUUUGGUUCCUUUUUUAAUGUCAAUAAUUUGUCGUCUUUUGCUGGUGUUGUCUGUUGGACAGUCAGAGGAUCAAUCGAAUGGAUCAAAAUGUCCGACGGCUGCCCCUUUUGAUUCUGUUGGAGUUGUAUUUGUAGCACUGAGAAUAUUCAAACUCUCAAAGAAAAAACAAUAAAGACAAAAACUGAAGAAGUAGCCUACAGUAUGCACUGAUUGUAAAUGGAAGGUGAACAUAUUCUGUUUUAUUACAGGCUGCAGAGAUGGUAAAAGUUGUUUUUGUUAUUUUUGGAUGUAGAACAGAUACCAGUGGCUUCAAAUUCAUACUUACUUUUGCCUUAACAUGGUUUCAGAGCCAAGGAAGCAUCAUCACUGUUCCUUCUUAGAAAUAGAAAAAAACUAACAAUGGCAACUUCUUUCAUAGUUAUUCUAUUUUCCCUCAACUUGUAAGUACUGUAUUGUAAUAAAGAGAAUAUAGUAUAACAUAGAGAAACACUUGGUGCUUUGAUGACUGCUGGUGUGUAGAUGCAGUUGGACAGCUACACUGUAGUUUUGAUGUUCAUAUAAAAAUGUAUUAAAAUUGAAAAUGUGAAUAUCGCUUCACUGCCUAUUGUUAAUGUUGAUAAUUUUAAGUUAGAAUCACAAUAUUAUAUAAAAUAAAUUACAAUACUGUUUUCUUGAAACUGACGGGAACAACAUAAAGUGAGUCCUGAGCUAAAAUGAAGUGGAGCCUGUAGGUCCCUGCUGCAGUCUCUGUGGGUGUGAAUGGUUGUGGGUGCUGGAUGAGGAGGGUGAUGGAGGUUCGUGUAUCCAGUGAUGGGGUGCCAGAGGUAGCGUUAUGGGAUACAUCUCAUAGGCCGGUGGUGGGCCUCCAGGCCAGAAGCUUGUCAACUUUGGGUCAAACUGCAGACAGAUGAGAUAAAAUGAGUUACUUUUACAGAAUCCAUUGAAAUUUGAGAUUUAAAGCUGACAUUUGGAUACCGCAGAGGGUCUAAAUCAGAGAGCUCGAAACAUUAAACUUAAUACUGUGCUGUAAACAUGAAAGUUACAUAGAUGUAAAGCUACAGAACCGAUCUUGGACAUACACUCAACAUGCAGUCUUAACUUAAAAAUGAACAUUUCAUUAUGACAGACAUAAUAAAUUUGGUUUAUUCUGAGCUUUAAUCAUGCUAAUGAGUAGAUUUUGCCUCCUACGUGACAGAGCCAGUGUUGCAAGCGCUUCUUGUUUCUAUGCAUCUUUCUGCUGCUACAUCAACAUGUGGUUCCCAAUUUUGAUUUUGUGCUAUGCAUUAAAAAAAGUUUAAAAUGCUCUUUAAUCGAUUUAUACCUGUGUGGACAGAUCAGUGUUAAUAUUAAAGAGCUGUUUCUGUAACACUUGAAAUCAAAAUACCACAGUCAGUAUUCUUAAAAGAAGCACUAGGUCGUUUUAAAUACAUGUGUAUGUCUUCAGAUGAGCGCAGUGGUACAGUGACAGUGUCGGGCUGUAAUAAGAUCCCACGCACCAGUGAGUACGGAGGAGGGUGAUCCACUGUGCUGUACCGCGGGGGUAAUCUUUCAUAUUGUCUGUCCUCUUGUGGGUAAUCCUCAGACAAAGAAACUGAAUGGACCACUGAGGAUGUGCUGUCGUCUGGCCUUGUUGGCGCUGUGACGUCAAAUGCAGCUCUUUUCUUUUUUGCAUGCAGGUAAAAGCAGAGGAGGACAACAGCUAUGGACACCACCAGGACUGGUAAUCUAAAAACACAUGCACAUCAUUCAAGACUAAAACCCUUUUUUUUUUUAAAUUUCAACAAUGGAGAAAAACUUUAUGUGACUACUUACAGAUAUCGGAAGACACUGAAAACCACACUCAUGACUGGAAAUACGUCAACCUGCUGACAUAGCUGUGAAAGGAAACAGGGACAUACUGUACAUUCAGUGCCUGUGAAAACAACAACACUAACAUGUUAAACAAAAGCCCUCUGACAGAGUGAACAAAGUUAAUGAGUUUAUGGGAGCACAAUAGAACAAUUACACGUGACUAUGUGUGCUUACUGUACUUCUACAGGAUGGUAACCCAGAGUGACCCUGUAGAGUUUUUAAACAAGGUUUCCCUAAAAAAACACACAAGUUUGUUUUUUAUAUUUUACAGUUAGAGAGUUUAAACAACAAACUCGGAGCUUCAAAUGCAGCAAUAAAAAACAGCUGAUGGUUUGACUUUACUCUGAGUUUAACAACUGACAGUGGACCUUCAUCCUAUAAAACCGCAGCUCAUUGCGAUUAAAAGUUAAGUUUCUUCAUACUAUCCUAACAUAUACUUUGCCCUUAAAGCACAGAUUUAGAAGAAAAUGCGUUUAAUAUCUCUGAUGUAAAUUGAAAUGAGCCCUUACCUUUUUUUUAAGAAUCCCAAACCUUCAAACGCUGGCCUGUCCUGGUUGCUAUCAAAGCAUAAAGUGUUACUUGGUCUAAGUAUACAACUUGGAGAGCUUUCACAGCGUAAUUAUCUUUUUUAAAGACACAGGACUGAGAGGUGUGCCCUGUAUCUUGCAUCUGAUAAAUGCCACCUUUUGCAAGACACUUUUUUUUGAACCUCAUUAUGUACAUUUUACUCAUGCAGUCCUGCAGACUUCUGAAUGUGAACCAGUAUUCUGUAGAACAGAAAAACACUAGAUCACAGGAUUAACACUUGGAGAGCUGUCUCCUACCUCAAAGUCAAGAUUUAAGACCGCACUGUUGUAGCUGUGUCGUGUUCAUUCAAAUGAGAAAUACAAAAGUCAAGAUUAUAAGGUACGUUUCGUUGCAGUCAUUUGACUCCUAAGAUAAGACUGUGGUGCUUUACGCUGUUCAUAUAUUUGCAAACUAAUGAAAUAGUAAACAUGAAAUUAAUGACAAUUAACUGUAAAAAUCCAGCAGUUACUUAAUUUAGAAAGAAUCAGUUAUUGGACAUUUUCUAUCAAAUUCUUUGCUUCUUAGAAAACAGAUGUGAAAAUGUAUUUUUUUUUUCAUAGUGAACACUUCACCCUUUUUUGAAAGUAUUUCUUUAUAAUGUAGUUUGUGUAUGCAAGAGACCCUAACCUCAGAAUUGAUCGAAAGACAAACACUGUGCAGUACAUUUAAUUUAGACAGGCUUAAAACCUUUGUGUCAUUAUGCUCAGCAUUCGUAUCUAUCAGAGAUUCUUCUUCACAUAUAGUGCAACUGUAAACACGGAGGUCGGCCAAAAAAGGCAUGUGAAAACCGAGGAGGAAGAAGAGAGGGAUCAUUGCAGGUCUGAGUAAGCUGGAGGGUCCAAGCAUGGGGCUGAAAGGUCCAAGUACGGAGGUGGAGGGUCCAAGUAUGGAGGUGGAGGGUCCUGAUAAGAUGAUGUUUCAAGCUGGAAAAGACAAGAACACAUUUAACAAACAGCUGAUACAGUUGGAUGUUAUGAAUAUGAACAAAGCAACUCUGUACCCAGCAAGGAAGAGGCGGACUGUCGCCCCCUGGGGUUGUGUAUAGGAGAAUCCCUGCAAGCAGUUUGAGAAAGUGGUUCAUGUAUCACUUCCUGGUCCUGCGGCUGCCUCGUGUACAAGGGGAUGACAUAUACAGAUGGAGAGUCAUCCGGCCUCAGGGGCCAACCCUCUCCUUCUUUGUGUGUCUUUGCACUACAACUAAAGCACAAAGAUAAUUAUUAUGUUAUCACUCAGAUUGAGCCAUUAUUCUGAAAUUGCAACAGCGUCACCAAUGCUGCUUCGCCACUUGCUUAUGUCAUUUUAAAAAAGGAGGGAAAAAAGUUUCAAUUUCACAUUUGCCUCCUCACCCAGAGUAUUUGACUAAACAUGCGCAUAGCCCCAAGUUGCAGGGUUCUCACUCAAACAAUCAAAAUAUAGAGGGAAACCACAGGCAUGGUUGAAAAAAUACUGUGAUUGUGAAAUUUAUUUACAGCUGGCCUUCCAAAGUGCAGUGCAAAAAUAUGAAAACGGGAAAUAAAUGGUCAAAUACUAUUUACAAAAUGUACAAGGCAAAAAAGAAAAUGCCAACAAGGCAAGAGUUCUCAAGAUUCUCAGUCAAGAGAAAAAAAAAAGAAACAGAAACACAGCAGCAAUACAAAAGUCAGUUUCUCAGUUACCUUCAGUGACACAAACUCCAGGCACAAACAAAGGCCCAGGUCGCCUUCUUUUAAACCCCUCUAGCCCCUCCCAGUGGGCGUUUUAAGUUACGAAAGUCUGGACAAAACAUUUUUAUUCACAUUUAAACCAUUUUACCUUUACUGUAAGUUUUUACUCUAAUCAAUGGAGCAUUAGUUUUUAGGUAUUCAUGGCGAACAACAAGGGAAUUAGUUUUUCUUAAACCACCAUACCCACCUUUGUACGACAUGGAAAUCAUGCGCUCUAUUUCCUCAUUUCAAACCUGAGCCGGCAUGAAGGUGUGGAUAGAGUUUUCUAUCUCUUCUGUUUACCAAGCAGUAUAAUAAGUAGUUUUGCAAUCUGUUUUUAGCUCGAGUUCAAAGGUAGCUCAUAACCUCUUAAGUCCUUAAAUCACACCCAUUCAAACAGAUCUAAUGUUGUAGUUAUAGAUUUUAUUACUGCAUGAUUAAAAAAGUGGAAAUCCCCAAAGUGUGUAGAUUUUGUUUGUGCCAAGAUAUAUCUUUUUAAAUAAUUCACUUCCAGGCUUGAAUCAUGUUUCUUUUAUUGGAUGUUUUGCUACAGCAUAUUGGAAACUUAUUUGGAUCUAUAAAGAAAGCACUCAGCAUUGAAAUGCAUUUAUUGCGUCCCCGGUGCAAUAGUUUCCACAAGAGCCCUAAACUUAUUGAUGGUUCGUACUUCUGUACUUUCAAAAAACAAUAGUAUAGUAUGAUAAAAAAAAAAAUCUAAGUAAAGGAUGAUAAAAAUUUCAAGGGAUAUGAUGAUAAAAAAAAAUCAAGGAAUAGGAUGAUAAAAAACAUCAAAGUAAAGGAUCAUAAAAAUGUCAUAGUUAAGUAUGAUAAAUAUGUCAUAGUAUAGUAUGACAUAAAAUAUCUUAGUAUAGUAUCAUAAAAAUGUCAUAGCAUAGCAUGAUAAAAAUAUCAUAGUAUAGUAUAUUAAAAAUAUCAUAGUAUAGCAUGUUUCAAAUGUCAUACUUUAGUGUGAUACAAAUAUCAUAGUACAGUGUGAGAAAAAUAUCAUAGUAUAGUUUGAUUAAAAAAAUCAUAGUAUAAUAUGGUAAAAAUAUCACAGUAUAGUAUGAAAUAAUAGCACUUCCCCUCUGAUGGACCCC